AGAUGGAUGAAAUUAAUUUAAUCCGAUGCUGGUCAAGAUAUAAUGCUAAGAUUCAAACUCUACAGCAAAAGCUGGAACUUCCAUCACCGCAGAAUGCUAAGGUAAUAAAUCUGAUAUUUGUGCAAAAUGACCAGAGAGGGCAAAAAAAUGACAUUUGAUUAAUCUAUCAAGUUAAAAGUAAUAGUACUAAUAAUAGACAAUGGUACGCCCUAAAUUGUAGUAACUGCAGAGUAACAGUGCAACAUAUUUGAAGCACUUAUAUUUUAAAUAUGACUUAUAUGAUACUGUUUUGUAUAGUGGUGGUGCUUUUUAAUUAAAUUGUUGGAAAAAAAAUUGUUUUUUUUUCUUCUCAAAAAGUCCUUCUCUGGUCAUUUAGAGAUUUUUUUGCUACCUGGCUUUAAUCACAGCCAGGACGAAUCUGGAACUUAUUUAGCAAAACAUGUAACCUCCAGUCAUAUGCCAUUAGACUAGCCCAUUGGAAAUAGGCCUAAACUAUUUGGUGUGCCAUACCCAAUUAUAAAGGUGAGUCAGAAAAACCACAAAUGCCAGGUGUCAGGUGGCUUGUCAUAUAUUAAUAUAUCAGAGAAUUGUUUUUCUAGAUAAGGUAUCAGCAGGGUUUUGGCAUGGGUGAAAUAAUCAUACCAACUUCUUUGUGGAGAUACAUUUUUAGAUAUAUCUAAAUAAAUUUUAAAGACUGUACCUAGAACAAUUCCAGUCUAGGUUUGGCCUAAACACAAGAUAAACUAGGCAGAUGUUAAGGCAGCACGCUGAUGCAGGUAUUGCACUGAUUUGACAAUAACAAUUAUAAAUGAUUGUAUAUAUUGCUCAUGGAGGUUUGAGAUCCACACCAAAGUCAUGUCUUGUACUAACCCACAUUACCUUCUACGGUGAACAUCUCUUUUUCUUCUUUAUGGGUACAGAACAUAUUUACACACCUACUUUCAGACUGGACACCAGCGCUGUAUCUACGGUGAGGCUGGCCAAGGCAUUUGCCUUGGGCGGCACUUUCAGGGGGGCGGCAAAAAAAGCUGCCCCUCCCCAAAUGCCCUGGCACAUGCUUUGCCAGCCUCUUGUCCUGGGGGGCCCAAGAGCUGGCCAGUUGGCUAUUUUGGGCUCCCCCAAGGCUGGCAAGUGCUGAUAAUUGAGGCGGGCGGCAAGGGAGCCCUAUCCCCUGAGCUCUCUGCUGCUCAGCUCGCGCACACCGCAGUAAUGCCAGACCUGGAAUAUGACAUCAGUCCGGCUUCAGCAUCACUAAGAGGCACGUGAGGGAGCUGAGCAGGAAGAUCACUGCUCCCUCACCGCCUGCACUGUACGCCCACAUGCCAGCUACUCAGCCCAGCAGCCCCACUGGACCCCAGGGACCGGACACCAGCCGCUCAGACCAGCAGCCCCUCUUGACCCAAGGGACCGCAAACUAGCCGUUCAGCCCAGCAGCCCCACUGGACCCCAGGGAAAUAGAAACUCCAUGCCAGCACUCCCAAAGGUAGGGAGGCUGGGUGGAGUGAAAUAAAAAAAAAAAAAUUAAUUGUGUGUGUGUAUGUGUGUUUGUAUGUGUGUCUGUCAAACAGUAUGUGUGUUUGGCAGUGAGAGUGCAUAUAUGUCUGUCAAAAAGUAUGUGUGUUUGUCAGAGAGUGUGUAUGUGUGUCUGCCGGUGAAUGUGUGUGUCCAUCAGCGAAUGUGAGUGUGUGUGUCAGUAAGAGUGUGUUUCAGUGAAAGUUUGUGUCGGUUAAACAGUGUGUGUGCCAAUGACUGUGUAUCGGUCAGUGAAUAUAUGUCAGUGUAUGCAUCAAUGAGGGUGUAUGUCUGACAGGCAAAGAGAAAUUUAGAUAUGGGUGGUUGGGGGGUGGAGGGGAGUGCCUGUGUUUUGUCAUGCCUAGGUUAACACAAAAUUAGCACAAAACCAAAAUACACCACUGAUGGACACCAUGGAUUUGUAGUUCACAGAAGAUAAAAUGUUAUUGGGCACUUUAAAAAAUAAAUAAAAAAUUAUUCUUUAAAUUAAGUUUGCAGUUCUCGCCCCUUUACAAAAUUAACUUACACAUUUGUUUUUAGGUGCUUGAAGAUAAAAUAAACCCGAGGUGGGCCAGGUACAAUUCUCAAGUACAGACACUUCAGAAUAAAUUAGGACUCAAUUCACACACAAUACCAGAGGUAAAGUAUCGUGAUAUCUCCUCUGUAUUUUAUCAUUAUUUAUAAUAUAUGAAAUCUAAAAUGGUAGCCUCUUGUUUCUUAACAUCAGCAUGCGUUGAACUCACAAAUUCUACAGAUGUUAAAGAUUAAUCCAUCUAUUAUUCUGCUGUUGGCACCAAGGGACCAUUAAUAUUUUGAGGAGGCAGUAUUAUUUGCAUAUUGACAGGUUACAUAUGGCUUGGAUUUUAGACAAUGUUGUGAUUUAACUAGGAUAUUGCUACGGUUUUUAUUUGUCCCUGACUAUUGUUAAAGAAACAUAAAAACAACUUUAGUUUUUUUAAUCCCAAUAUCACAAAAAGUUCAGUCUGCAAGGAUUGCUAUUCAGGAAGAAAUAAAAAAAGCGAUGGAAGUUUUUAGACCGUGAGCUCAUUUGGUCAGGGCCCUCUUUACCUACUGCUCCCGUAUGUCAAACAUGUUUUGUCAGAAUUGUUUGUCUUGGUUUAUCUGUUGCACUGCAGAGUAUGUUGGCGCUAUAUAAUUAAUUGUGAUUGUAAGUGCUACUGAGUGCAUGGAUGCUGAUGUAAUUUAAAGGAGGCACUUAAGUAUUGCCAAACAUAUAUACAAUUAAUUGAAAUGCAGGUUUCUAUCAUAGGGCACCUGGGUGCCGAGUAAUAUUUUUAUUAGUAACAAACUACUUAUGUAGUAUUUUCCCAAAGCAGUUAUUAAGGGAUGCUCUAAGGACCAUAACAACUAUUGCACACCUUAGUGGUUCUGGUGUCAUGAAUCUGUCCCAUGUAAACAAUCAAACCAUUACAAAAAACACAUACGUAGCUGUUUUGGGUAUCCAUUGUCCUUCCAGUCUGCCUUGCUAUUCUAAAGUUGAACGUCAUGCUUACAUUAGCCAUCCAACUUUAAACCUCAUUCCUUGACUGAAAGCCAUCAGAUGACAUUCUCUGACAGUGAAUAAUGUCUACGUUAGAAUGCAUUUGUGUAGCAAGGCAGACAUAAAGGACCCCUGGUACCUGACUGAGCUAAGUAAAGCUUCGAUUUAAUUUGUUUGAAUCAGCAUACAAAAAAUUGGAACAUGACCAACUUUCAAUAACUUACCUUCUGGUUUAAAAUUCUGGGAAUUUUCUAUAUUUUGUAGUUAGAAUUAAACUGAAUGUAUUGAUUGUCCAGAUUGUAUUUGCCUUACCCCCACCCACCUUUCCUGUCUUGUUGUUUUCCCAGCAUGGCAUUGUCCCAGUUUUCCAGGGGCACUUCCAGACCAGUUCAAACUGGCUGUCCUGCCAUUCCCUUAAGUUCUCAUGUACUCCACAGUCCUUGUUACUGUCUGUCCCCACCCUUCCUUACUCCAUUCACACUGCUUGUAAUAUAAUUAAAGGGAUAGUAUAGUACUAAGACUAUAGAGCCAUCUGGCUGCCCCCCCCCGCCCCCUAACACCCUCGCAGCCUCUCCGCAGCAUAUGAAGGGUUAAACAAAUCCUUUAUUUACUUACCCAAGUCCAGCACCAAUGUUCCUUGGCGCUGAGUUGGCACUCCGCCUCCUCCUAUGUGGGGGCUAAUGCGCAUGUUUGGCUGUUUUGCGAGCUACACAUGCGCAUUAUGCUCUCCCCAUGGGAAAGCAUUACUGCAAUGCUAUUCUGUGGGGACUUUAACGAUGCUCGAUAUCCUCAUGCAGAGUGUGAGGACGUCCAGAAUCAGUUAGGCGACCAAAAGUCGCCUAAUAUGCAGGAAGUGCAGGCAGUCUUAACCCUACAAUGUAAUUAUUGCAGUUUAUCCGAAACUGCAAUAAUUAAUAUUGCAGCACUCAGGGGGACAGGGACAUUGCACUCAGGCCACUUCAAUGAGCUGAAGUGGUUUGGGGGCCUCUAGUGUGAUUGUUUGCGACCCCAAGUCCCAAGUAUUUGUGGGCAAACUUCUGCAGAAGAUUUCUCUGUCUGGAAGAUCAUUGGCACUUAUGUUGGAUAGUGAUGCCAGGAAAGGCUGGCUCUCUGCUAUAUUUUCCCAUAGGAGAAGGGACAAAAGUUGGGCAAAACAGAUCUGUCUCCAAAGCCUUAGACCAGACAUCCUGUAUCUGCUACAGAAAGUAUUCCAAUCUGACUAAAAAAAAAUGUUCAUCACAGCGGAAGACACAGGUCCAUUUCUGUGGCUGUUCUCUUGCUCUUCUGGGGGAUCUCAAGGGUACCUGUAUGCCAAUGUGAGUUCUGCUCUAUUGUUUAUCUAUACAGUAUAUUGAAAAGAGCCUGUAUCUUAUGUUGAUAUAUUAGUUAGGAGUGUUGUAGUACAGAUGACAUUCAGCAUUAUUAGGAAGCCCAGGUAACCAUUUACUUUCCCUGUGCAAGGGCAAGUUCAACAGCUCAUCUGUAAACUGGUCUCCAAUUUGCUGCUGGCAUCACAGUUGUAGAAUUUGGGGAGCAAUUCCUAGACAGCCACCUGUAAUAUAAAAGUAACAAUUACAGCUAAAGUCAGUCUAGCUUGGGUAGAUGAAAAUAAUAUUAAUCCGAAAUUUGUAUUGUGUAAAAAGCUGAUUUAUGCACACAUUAUUUCCAGGAACACUUUAAUUGCAAAGGACAUGAAACUAGUCUCUUUUAUUGCUUUAUUUAUAUUAUCCUGAUCCGAUGGAUAAUGUAAAUAAAAAAACAACAUUCUGCAUAUAAAUGGACCCUGUUUGCUAUCUUCAGGUGGUAAUAUUCUAGAAAGCAAAACAACGAUCUGUGUUUCUUUUUUCAUGCCUCCACUUAUACAAUAUAAUUAACAAUGAUAAUGUAAGAACAUUCUGAGGAAGGAACACUUAAACACAGAUUGACUGGAAUAACGUGACUCAGUGAGAGUGGCGCGUGUUCAUAUUUAUUGUGAACUACCAUCGAAGUAGAAACUAUAUAAACAUUAUACAGUGUCUGUUAAAUAAACAGUACAUGUGACUUGGAGAUUUUCUAUGCGCCAGUAAGUCUAAGACUUGUCCGUUGCAGAGAUUCCUUGCAUUGUUAGCCACUGAUAUAAGCACCGGAAGAGAGAGAGAGACCUGGAAUUAAUUAACUUCAGAAAUGGCAUGUAAUUAUAGCAAGAAAGCCUGCAUUUGUAAUACAGGGAAGUGAGUGGACGGCAGACUAGUGAUUAUUUUUCUGACUUUUAUUGCUUUGCCUCUCACAGGAGAAAACAUUUCACAAGUCCAAGUCACACACCUUGAUUGCAGACAAGACUUCAAGAUAUGCAUUUCGCUCUACUCAGAAAUUCCCAGCUAGAAGGGAGAUGCAAAAGGAGGUCCUAAAAUACUUUGGUCCAUCUGCAGUUGAUACAAUGAUGCAAAGCUACUCUGAAGGUCAGAAUAUGUUUGCUUUUGAAUGGCAAUGCCACCGCCUAAGGCUUUAACUGCUAACAUUUACAUCCCAAAUGUUCCUGAAUUACAUUUCCGAUGAUGAUGCUUAGCUGGCCUUGUGAAAUAUCAUCAUGGGGAAUAUAAUGCAGAAAUAUUAGGGGGAUAGGAAUUGCCUUCAUUGCCCCAUGGCAUUCUUGGACAUGGAAAGGUGAACCUCCAGGAUAUGUUUACUGGUAUCCUAAUUAAGCUGCUUGUAAAGCAUUCAGCAAGUAUUCAGCAUCACUCAGCAUUUAGUGGAAUAGGCACAUGUGACUCCCCAAAGCACUAAAAAGGAUAGGACCAGAACGGUGAAAAACUGAUAUGUGUUUGGACCAAAAACUUUAUGUAAACAUAAGCCAUAUAUGUUAUUCUUUUCAUAAAAACAAUUGCUUCCAACCUUAUGUGUGUCCUCACAGUCUAGCAGUUUUGAAGAACUUGUAGAACAUAGUUUCAAUGCAUUUUAAUUGGAUGUACUAUUUCAUUUUUUAUUUUUUUUUGAGAAAUCAUCCCUUCCCUUUAAAGGUAAAAUUUCUAGGCCAUACUCAUUUUCCUAAUCACAGAGUAGGAUACAGAACAAUGUAAAUUGUUUCCUUCACAUGAUAUAUUUUCCCCUUGUUUGGCUGAAUGGACACUGGACGUGGUGUCGAGAUUAAUGUACUGAUUCUGUGUAUGGACAGAAUCGUUCUGAUGAAUGUUACCGCUGUUGAAUUCUCGUUCUCUGACCACAUUGUAUAUGACUGUUGAUGAUAUGCCAGCUUACGGAACCUGUCACUGAACUUAUGUCUCUUUCAUUCCAAAAUGGAAUCUGGUUCCUAAAUGUGUUAUAUGAGAUAGUGUACAAAAAUAAAUUAUUUCUUUAGUAAUCCUUGUUUAUUUUAUUUUUCAGUUAGCAACUAUUAUCAUUAGGGAUUUUUAUCUGAGCUUCAUUAAGGAGCCGGAUGUCAGAGAUUUCAAACACACUGUGGCCCUAAACUCCUAAAAUGAAACCCACUCAUUGCCUUGGAAGUAAGAACAUUUUAGAGGUUCUAUUUAUUUUUUUAGAUUUGCAGCUGAUAACUGAGUCAUUGCUUGUAGGACAUACAAGCAAUGACACACAUGCAGGUUUGUAGUUUGAUGCCUGUAUGUUUAAACAGGGCUUGUAGGCCACUUGUACAAAUUCAAGUGUUUAUUACAAAAUUAAACCAGUGGAGAUUUGUGUGUCUAAGGUGAACCUGUCAUACACAAAUCAUAUGGUUGUAAUGUCACCUUCAGAUAAGUAUGAAAUUAAUAUUUUUAUUGGAAAACCCACAAGCACACAAUAUACCUGAAGAUUGUUUCCUAAAAUGCAACAUGGUGCCUGGCAAUGGACACCCACACGUAGCACACAAAUGCUAGUGCAGAUGUAUGCUAGAACUGACACAUUGGAGACAGUGCAGUAGAGCAUGCAGCCUCCCCUGAUCUCCACAUUUGCAUUCUUUACCUAUAUGACAAACUGCCGGGGUUAAAUGCAAACAGAGGCGAAAAUUAAAAUAUAUCAUUUUCUAGCUGUUUACAAAUACACAAAAAUAAGUCCUGCGCUCAGACUCCCACUACUCCUGGGAGGCAGCAAUGGCCAUAGUAUACAUCAGCCCCAAUACAUACAAUAAAAACCAUAGACAAGAGUAACCUGCACAAUACCCUAAAUCCCUACGCAUAUUUAAACAAAUUUAAAUGUUUUUUAGUUUCACUCCAAUAGCCAUUAGGUGUAAGCCCACCUGCCGUGUCAAAGUAAACCUCUUAGGUGGGUCCUACACUAACAAUUCACCUUGCUUGCUUCAGCUUUAGGUAAGAAAAUCUUCAAUGAGACAGAGAGGUGUAUUUUUCUAAACCCCUACAUAAUUAACCCUUAAUAGGGAACACAUGGGAUGGGUGGCAGCAUUGUAACAUGGCUGUGUGAUACAAAAGUAAAGACUAGCUGUUUGGCUAGCAUACACUUUAAAUUGAUUAAAUUGGGUUCUAGUUGACGUCAUCAGGUUGCCAAUUCAAGUUUGCCAUAACUGGAGCACUUUAACACAUAAGACAUUUUGAUUACGUCUUUGUGGAUCGUUUGGACAUGUUGAGUGCUUCUGUAGUCACUUUCCGACCACUCAAUGAUCCCCAGUGAAAUCAGCGGUAUAAUCGUUUCAGCACUUAACAGUAUGCUUGAAGUGAAUGUACAAAAUUAUACUAGACCAAUGGCAUCAAAAACACUUCCACAUAAGAAUAUUUUUGUCUCCUUUUAUGAAAUCCUGUACGUUUAGAAAAAAAGCUUCUGAUGUAUGAUAAUAGCUCCACUGAUAUAUUUUAUAUGCUCUUAUAAACUCAUAGGACAUUUAAUUGCCCAAACUCUAAUUAGAGAUAUUCUUAAAAAACAAAAUCCGAUUCUUGUCCCAUUUAAAUAAAAAUCUUCUCGCUCUGAUUAAUGUUCAAUUAGUCAAUUGGUUGAGAGUGUAUGAAAAAUUUCAUUAUUUUCUCCUUUCCCUUUGUGUUAAUUUUCUAUCAAGGUUUCAAUCUGAAAGAUGCAGAAGCUUUUCCGAGACAGGAGAUGAUUGACAAGGUUUUGAUCAAAAGAAGUAUAAGUCGGGCUGAAAAUCAGAAGCAAAAUGACAAUGCAGUCAGGUCCUUUGAUUCAUAAUCUAUUUAGCAAGACACAAUUAUCACAAGAUGUGAAUUUCUUUUGUGUUUGCCUUCCUUAAAAUGUGCAUAUUUAUUCUUUCAAUGUAGUUAAAUUAUCAGCAUGCAUGUAAAUGUUUGCUGCUUAGAAUUUAAUUAAAUGUACUUGAUUAAAUAUACUGCUCAGACAUUUUUGUAACACAGGCUAAAUAUAUCGGGUUGUUUAUUUUACUGUUUUGUUUUCCUUUUAGGAAACUAAAUGAAGCCAAAGAACAUUUGAUGAAAGCACUGAAGAAGUUGGAAAUACAAAAUGAGUUCUUUGGAAAUGGUAUGACUUUACCAAUUAUAGCCAGCAAGCAAGCUGGGCUCUUUCUGUUUAAUAUUGUGUCUUAAUUGACAUGAAUAUGUCACUACAAUUUUUCCAAGAAUGGCCUGAAGUCUGUGAACGAAAGGUUCCAUACUAAUGAGAUCUGGUAUCAUUCAAGGGUGAUAUUAAUCGACAGAAGACCCUUGACAUUGUUAUUAUGAAUUAACGGAAUCUCAAUUUAUUUAUAAUAAAUAUAUAUCAAUGCUAAAUAUCCAGUACAAUUCAAAAAUUUUUCAGAUUCUUAAAGUUUUCCAUUGUAAAUUAAUCAUUUAUUAAUGACUUGUUCCAGACUGGGCUUGUAUCUCCCUCUACCAGACUUAAUAGAAGUCUUAUUAUAUACAAGGUGUCCACGAAAGCAGUGUAGCGGAACAUUAAAAAGCUUAAAAUAAUGCUUUUUAUAGAAAGAAAUAUAUGUUUUAAAUAUGGAAUUAGAAUUGCAGGUGCCUAAAUUAAAUCUUCCUGCAAGCUCAGUCUGCAUGAAGCCCUCGCGGAGUGAAGAUAGAUAAUUUUUUUGUCUAGAUUUGUAAAAAAAACAAAAAACCCAAAGAAACAAAAAUAAUGGCUGAAUUUUGUCUAAAAAAGAAUUAACAAAUGGACAAAAUUUGGUUUGGACGAAACUAAUUAUUUUUUCAUCCGAAUGUAUUUAGACAAAAGGAAAAUUUAUGUGCACCCAAGUCUAGUGCACUUAGAAAGGGGAAGAAUGCCCUAGUUCUAGAUUUUAUAAUCUAUGAUGAUUUGAGGUAGGUGAAUAUACAGUUGCAAGAAAAAGUAUGUGAACCCUUUGGAAUGAUAUGGAUUUCUGCACAAAUUGGUCAUAAAAUGUGAUCUGAUCAUCAUCGAAAUCAUAACAAUAGACAAUCACAGUCUGCUUAAACUAAUAACACACAAAGAAUGAAAUGUUGCCAUGUUUUUAUUGAACACACCAUGUAAACAUUCACAGUGCAGGUGGAAAAAGUAUGUGAACCCAUAGACUAAUGACAUCUCCAAGAGCUAAUUGGAGUGAGAUGUCAGCCAACUGGAGUCCAAUCAAUGAGUUGAGUUUGGAGGUGUUGGUUACAGCUGCCCUGCCCUAUAAAAAACACACACCAGUUCUGGGUUUGCUUUUCACAAGAAGCAUUGCCUGAUGUGAAUGAUGCCUCACACAAAAGAGCUCUCAGAAGACCUACGAUUAAGAAUUGUUGACUUGCAUAAACCUGGAAAGGGUUAUAAAAGUAUCUCCAAAAACCUUGCUGUUCAUCAGUCCACGGUAAGACAAAUUGUCUAUAAAUGGAGAAAGUUCAGCACUGCUGCUACUCUCCCUAGGAGUGGCCGUCCUGUGAGGUGAAGAAGAAUCCUAGAGUGUCAGCUAAAGACUUACAAAAGUCACUGGCAAAUGCUAACAUCCCUGUUAGCGAAUCUACAAUACGUUAAGAAUGGAUUUCAUGGGAGGAUACCACAGAGGAAACCACUGCUAUCCAAACAAAACAUUGCUGCACGUUUACAGUUUGCACAAGAGCACCUGGAUGUUCCACAGCAGUACUGGCAAAAUAUUCUGUGGACAGAUGAAACCAAAGUUGAGUUGUUUGGAAGAAACACACAACACUGUGUGUGGCGAAAAAAAGGCACAGCACACCAACAUGAAAACCUCAUCCCAACUGUGAAGUAUGGUGGGGGGGGCAUCAUGGUUUGGGGCUGCUUUGCUGCGUCAGGGCCUGGACGGAUUGCUAUCAUCGAAGGAAAAAUGAAUUCCCAUGUUUAUCAAGACAUUUUGCAGGAGAACUUAAGGCCAUCUGUUUACCAGCUGAAGCUCAACAGAAGAUGGGUGUUGCAACAGGACAAUGACCCAAAGUAUAGAAGUAAAUCAACAACAGAAUGGCUUAAACAGAAGAAAAUACGCCUUCUGAAGUGGUCCAGUCAGAGUCCUGACCUCAACCCGAUUGAGAUGCUGUGGCAUGACCUCAAGAAAGCGAUUCACACCAGACAUCCCAAGAAUAUUGCUGAACUGAAACAGUUCUGUAAAGAGGAAUGGUCAAGAAUUACUCCUGACUGUUGUGCACGUCUGAUCUGCAACUACAGGAAACGUUUGGUUGAAGUUAUUGCUGCCAAAGGAGGUUCAACCAGUUAUUAAAUCCAAGGGUUCACAUACUUUUUCCACCUGCACUGUGAAUGUUUACAUGGUGUGUUCAAUAAAAACAUGGCAACAUUUCAUUCUUUGUGUGUUAUUAGUUUAAGCAGACUGUGAUUGUCUAUUGUUGUGACUUAGAUGAUGAUCAGAUCACAUUUUAUGACCAAUUUGUGCAGAAAUCCAUACCAUUGCAAAGGGUUCACAUACUUUUUCUUGCAACUGUAUAUUGUUAGACCAGAAUUCAAACCUAGGUUUCCUAGUUCUAAGGCAGUGACAUUACAUCUCCUAUUAUUUAAGCCUUUUAUUUAUCAUAUUGACUUCACAACUCACUGUCUAGUGGAUAGACAUCAGUAUUUCUUUUGCCAGUAGUUUAUUCAAUCUAAAACGACUAUUCAAGAAAAGCUUUAAGAAUAUUUUUUGUGAAAAUUCUUCAAACCUAUUAAUCUUCUCUCUCAGGGUUAUUGUCAGGAAUUCAAAGAUAAUUAAAAGUAAAUAUAAAAUAUUAGGCCAAGAUAACUGAAAGUGAUACAUAACUGAGUUGAACAUUUUUCCAAUUUGGCUCUAUUAGCAUAACAUUAUUUUUAAUUGCUGUCAGUUCAAACUUUAGUGAAUAACUCUUUAAGGCACAUAGGAGUGUAGGCGCUAUGGAAUCUGAUGACGCUAUAUAAAUAAUAAAAUAAUAAUAAUAAACUGGUCUAAAUCUGCCUUAGAGAAAAAAAAUAUGAAUGGUAACAUUGUUAUGAUUAAUUAAUUAGGCCUUGGCAGAGUUUGGCACAAACAAUACAAUAUGCUUAUAAUAUUUAGUAGAGAGGAGUGAACACUUUUUAAGGACAAAAAAAUUAUAAAUAAUAUAAAUACUGUUAGAUGCUGCACCACAUACAUAAAAAAUUUCACCCUAAAAUUUGUGUAUGGGAAAUGAAGAGGUAGAAACCAACUCACCCUUUCAUGAAUCUGCUCCUAAGAAUGUGUCUAAAAAUUCAAUUAGAAAGGAACGUGAAACUGUGUGAGCAGUAACAUGUCAGCAGACAGCUGUAUUAGAACCAGAUCGAAAGGUUGUGCAUAAUAAGAUGUUUAUUUUCCAUUUGGUUUACCGUGUUUACACUGUAAUCCCUGUUUACAGGAGGAGGCUUGCAAGACAAAACACCCCCCACAGUGAUCCCAUCUUCUAACAUCAGGUUUGAUUUCAUUUAUUGGGUGGAAUUUGUGAAACGCCAAGAUUAAUAAAUGUCAUUAGAUUGCAACGCAUAGAGAAACAAGCAAGGGAUUUUCUAAUAAGUGGUUUCUCAUUAAAUACAAAUUACCAAGUGCACACAAACAAAAGGUCUAAAGGUUGGAAAACAAAUUACACUGUUCUGAGCUAGGAAUUUGGCAACUUAUUGAGCUUCAGAGCUAGCUGUAGACUAGGUCACCUGUAAUGCUCUGCCAGCCUUUUGAGAUUUGCAUUUGUUUAUGCACAGGUCUCUUUAGGUCCUGCCAUGUUUGGUUGAGGUCUGGAUUUUGAGUGGGCCAUUACAACACCUUGAUUCUUUUCUUUUCCAGCCAUUCUGUUGUAUAAUUGUUUGUGUGCUUGGAUCAUAGUUCUUUGCACAACCCAAUUUCGGCCAAGCUUUAGCUGUCGGAAAGAUGACCUCACAUUUGACUCUAGAAUAGUUUGAUAUGCAGAGGAGUUCAUGGUCGACUCAAUGACUGCAAGAUUACCAUGUCCUGUGGUUGCAAAACAAGCUCAAAAUUAUCACCCCUCCACCACUGUGCUUGACAGUUGGUAUGAGGUGUUUGUGCUGAAAUGCUGUGUUUGGUUUUCACAAUGUGUGGUGCUGUGCCUUAUGGCCAGAUAUCUCCACUUUGGUUUUGUCUGUCCAAAUGACAUUGUUCCAGAAGUCUUGUGGUUUGUUCAGAUGCAACUUUGAAAUCCAAAGCCGUGCUGCCAUGUUCUUUUUAGAGAGAAGAGGCUUUCUCCUAGCCACACUUCCAAACAAACCAUACUCAUUCAGUCUUUUUCCAAUUGUACUGUUAUGAACUUUAACAUGCUAACCAAGGCUGUAGAGUCUUAGAUGAAAUUCUUGUUCUUUUUGCUAUUAAUUUUGAAAGAAAAUUUUUAAUGUAAUCAAUUGAUCAAGCACAGCACCUGUCUGCUACUUAGCCUCUUAAUUCCUGUGGAAACAGUAAGGGUGUACCUCAUUUUCCACACAUGACUUUUCCAUUUUGGCUUCAUUUUUGUUACAAACAAAUCAUGACACAGUGUAAUAUGGCAUGUGCUCAGGGCCGGACUGGCCCACCGGGAUACCGGGACAUUUCCCGGUGGGCCAAUCCAAUGCUUUGCCAUAGGAUUGGCUGCAAAAUGAUACACCAAUCAGCAUCUCCUCAUAGAGAUGCAUUGAAUCAAUGUGUCUCUAUGGGGAACGUUCAGCACCUCCAGAGUGUGGGGGCCCUGAAUGUAGGUGCACUGACACAGGAAGCACCUCUAGUGACCGUCUGAGUGACUGUCACUAGCAGUGUCACUUUGAAGCAAUGUAAACACUGCCUUUUCUCCGAAAAGUCAGUGUUUAUAUUGAAAAGCCUGUGGGGACGUGCUAUAGACACCAGUACCACCACAUUAAGCUGUGUGUGUGCGUCUUCUAGUGAGUGAGCUUCCUUGCAUGUGUGUGCCUGCUAGUGAGUGAGCUUGUGUUUUUAUGUCAAUGAGCUGAUGUAUAUCAGUGAGAUUGUUUGUCUAUGAGGCUGUGUAUCAAUGAGCUUGUGUGUGUCAUUGAGAUGUCAGUGUCUGCAUGUGAGUAUGAUUGCUGUAUAAUUAAACGUUUUACUCUGAAAGGACCAAUAUUUUAUAUUAGAAAAAGCAAUAUAUAUAUAUAUAUAUAUAUAUAAAAUAUAUAUUACUCAAUCAUCUGUCAUCUGGGGUGGCAUGACAUAGCCUUACAUAUUACACGCGACAAUAUAUGGCGCAGUGACUUAUGGGGCUGACAUAACAUUUUUUUACAGGGCUGCUUUGUAUCCCCAGUCCGGCCCUGCAUGUGCUGUUGUUCAUUUGAGGUUGUAUUUACCUAAUUUUAAGACCUGAUAAAGAACAGAUAAUUGUUAUUAUGUCUUGAUAUGAAAAACCAUAUAAUUUAAAGCGUGUGCACAAAAAUACAUUAAAAGCAUACUCAUAUUGGCAGAUCCUGCUUUUGCUGCAAAACCCCAUUCUUUGCAUCUUCUGCAAUGAGCUCUCACCAAGUCAAAUAUUGACUUUGCCUAUUAUAAUGUACAAUUAAAGGAACAUUCAAAUUAAUAUUAAGAUAUUUUCCAUUUUUUUUUUGAUUAUUGCUACCUCCCAUUGUUAUUUUAAAACGAUUUAUAGUUAAAUAACUAAAAAAAAAAAAGAUAUAUAAUUUAAUCAUUAUUCCAGCAUUGGGACUGUCUAUUCCGUGCAGCCUGAUCCUUCUUUGAUGAAGUUCCCUAAACAAGAGUCACCACUGCUGGAAAUUGGUUUAAGACUGAAUGCAGAGACAGCACAAGGGACUCUAGGCACUAUAAAUACAUAAUUCAAUAAGAUGAAAUGGCUAUCAUUCCUACAGUGUCCCUUUAAGAUAAAGUGAUUUUGGUAGUUAGACUGCCCCUUUAACAUUCCAUGUCACUGCUGAGCUUUAUAGUAACAGCAAGAGCAUUAUGAAGGUGUAGGUUAUUUAACUGCAAAACUGUAACGCAUAGAAACUCGAGUCAUAAUAUUGUGUAGAAAAGUAUUCGUGAAGCAAAAGGGAAAUUAAACAGGUUGAGCUUAACGAGUAAACCACAUAACAAAUGCAAACUCUUUAAGCUAGUAUUUUACUAGUUGGGCUUUGGCUUUACGUCACCCAUUUGAACUCCUACUUAUUUGUUUUAUAUAGUUUUAAAAAUGUUGUAAUAGGAAUCUCUUUUGUGCUUCAUAUUGGCUUGGGAAUAUUGCAGGUUAGCAAGGAGGAAGAGCAAAUUGUAAUUAUUAUUUAAUUAGAAAGACAAACACUUGAAGAUUAAGUACAAUUUAAGAUUAAUAAAAAAAAAAAAAAAAAAAUCCCACCCAGCUCUAGUCAAUAACACCUUGGUAGCAUGCUGGUGCUAGGAAUGUCACUUUUAGUAUGCAUUUGUGUUUAUAUUUGGACCAUUUCAAAGAAAUUUAUCCUGGAGAAAUAAAUAUGGCUGGGUUAUCUUCACAUAAUGAAUGUGCUUGGCACUACUGCUAUUGUACUUGUCAGACAUCCAAUUUUUGAGGGAGCCAGUCCAGAGAUUUAUAUUAAAUAGCUUGAAAGAACUAUUUAUCUGUGUGGUCAGGUAUAUUAAACUAACCCCCUUCACCACAACCACUUCCUGUUUUACGAUAACAGAUAACAUUGUACUUUGUUUCACUGUCCCACUGUACUAGAGGGAUGUAAACACUUUAAAUAUGUUACCUCAACUAUCAGGUUAACUAAUUCAACUGAAUAAAUCACCUCAACUGAGAGCCUUUUUUACUGCUUUUGCAGUAAAAAAGGCUCUCAGUUGAGGUGAUUUAUUCAGUUGAAUUAGUUAACCUGAUAGUUGAGGUAACAUAUUGGGAUAAUUUCUUUAUGUCAGGGGGCUUAGAGAACAUAUAAGGAAAAACUGUUUGGGAUUUAUGUCACAAUGCAUUUAGGUGAUCUGACAACCCCAUUGCAAAACUUAGGCCUGCAGACCAGAAGUCUUGAGACUUGUAUUCUUUUUUUAAAUAACUUAACAAUUUUUUUUGCAACUUGGUUGUGUGAGCAUUACAAUUGACUGUUUAGUGGAUAAACCCACGUGCCAUUGACAGUCUCUGAUGGGAAUGAAAAAUAAUUAUAUGUUUGUGGGUGGGCAAUGAGACCCAAAUUAAAUUAAAGUGUGACAAACAAAGUUAUGUAAAAAUGUAUUUGGGGUUUAUUUAGCAAACAUAGAGUUCUGGCAAAUUGAAAAAUAUGCUACAUUUUGGGUAAAAUAACUGAGUUGGCCAAAUCUCUAUCUCUGGAUUAGCAAAUCAGUAUUGUUGGCACCCAGACCACUUCAGCUCAUUGAAGUUGUCUGGGUGCAGCGUCCCAGGUCUCUUAACCCUGCAAAGGUACGGUAAUUAUUGCAGUUUUUAAGAAACUGCAAUAAUUACCUGUGUGGGUUAACUCCACCUCUAGUAGCUGUCUGCAAGACAGCCUCUAGAGGGACUUCCGGGUCGUUAGGCGACUUUUGGUUGCCUAACUGAUGCUGGAUCUCCUCACACUAUGCAUGAGAACGUUCAGCAUCACCCAAAACAUUAUAGGACAGAAUUUUACAUGCUUUCCUAAGAUGUAAAUUCUAAUGCGGGUGUGUUGAUCGCUGCACAUGCGCAACAGGGCUCCCGCAUUUGGCCUUAAAAGAACUCUGUGUCAAAUAUGCAUUACUAAUGCUACAGUGUUCCCCUACCUAUCUAGAUGUCUACGCCCACUUGCAGGGGAUUUAAAGGUACGUUUUUCUUACCUUAAAUGCCGCGGUGCACUGCUCCACUCCUCACUGUUGUGUGGAAGCAUUGGAAGGCCUGACAAAAAGUCAUGUUCCACCAUUUAAAUGUUCUCAAUGACAGUCACUUUAAAGAAAUAGUUUAGGCAGUAUAACAAGUUCAUCGAAAUUAAGUUGUUAUAGUGCCAGGACGUCCCUGGUGCUGGCUUACUUUAAGGGGUUAAACUGUUCUCGAAACCCAAAGUCUCCAGCGCUGAAUCUCCCUGCCUCUCUGCCCUUCCCUGUUCUAAAAAUCUCUAAACUGGGAGAUUCUUGCAGAAUUGGCCAGUGGUGCCGCUGAUUGGCUGAAAUCGGUUGGCUGACACUCUCAGCCAAUCAGUGAAUCCCCAUUCAUAAAACUGGCAUAAAACAUACUUUUUUCAAGCCAGUUUUAUGAAUAGGUAUUCACUGAUUGACUGAGAGCGUCAACAGACCACUAUUAGCCAAUCAGUGGCGCUGCUACCUGAUACUGCAAGAGCCUUCCAGUUUAGAGAUGUUUAAAACCGGCUGAGAAGAAAAGAGAUUCGGAACUGGAACACAGAUUUUGGGGUUAAACUGUUCAAGAAUGGUUAAAUUGGUAUGGUGUCUGGAGUGUUCCUUUAAGUCGGUUAUAGCUGCAGGAGCAUCUCUAGUGGAUAUCUCCCUGUCAUUCACUAGAGGUGUGUUAACUUUGCAAUGUAAACAUUACUGUCCCUGCAAAACAGCAAUGUUUUUACUUGCAGGAUUAAAAUGGCAGGGACAUGGCACCCAGACCACUUCUUUGAGAUGAAGUGGUUUGAGUGCCUAUAGAGUUCCUUUAAAUUUGUAAUUCACUCUGAAUUCACUUCAGAAUUUCACUAUAGUAGAAAAACCUGUAUAUGUUCAUCAAUCCUGUAUAAUAAUGAAUAAAGUCCAAAUUUAAAAGAAGUCUUUUUUUUUUUUAGCUACAAUGAUUUCUUUGCAAAGGAAAUUAGAUGUGGAGAUAGGCAGAACUUAAAAGAAUUAUGCUGUGGAUGCUAAAAUGCACUGGCCACAUGCCAAAGAACAUUAGACUCCGCUCAACACAUUCAAUAAAAUAGCAGAGAGAUCUCAUUAAUUUAAACAAGGACUCACGUAAUACAUCUUCUUCGCAUACAUACACAUGCUACACCUUUCAGCUCCAUUGUAUGCAGUCAUUUAUUUAUGUCAAAUAGUGUUUGAAUGGAUUUUAUAAGAUGUGCUAAAGGACCAAAAGUAAAUACGAUUUAGCGUGCUGAAAGAAAGGAGUUCAGGAUAUAAGCAAAUGUAUUUUAUUCCACAACUUAUGUAAACAUGGGCUAUAGCUACAGUGCUACAUCAGAAAAGUAUCAUUUCCAAACUUUAAUAUAAUUAACCUUUUUUUUGAGAUGGUUAUAAAAAAAAACAAUAGGAAUUGUCAUUAACAAUACACUUUACUGCACUCCUUCAUAACAAGAUUCUAUUCUAUCCAGUUGAAAUUGUGCUGUAAGUAAAGAAUUUUGUAUAAAAAAAAUGUAUUAGUGGACAUCUUGUCUUGAGUUUUUUUUUUACUUUUUACCGCUUAAUAAAUCUCUACGCUAGUUUGUACCUGAUUAGUCAUUUUAUGUUUCUAUAAAAACUUCAUACUAUACCAUACAGCUCAGGUGGGAAGCUACAGAGGGUAACGAUGCGAUGCAGCUGUAGCUGAGUGUCCAUGCUUCUUCUAAUUUCCAUUAUGCUGCAACAGGAAUUAUCUAUGUUGCCGCAUGUUUAUAGUACAUUAUGCAAGGUAAAGAAAAUGGUGGUGACAAUGUAUUGGUAGGAUUGAGGCCAUUGUUUCUCAUUUUUGAAGUUAGCUGAAACUAUUUUUUAGAAACUUUAUUUUGUUUCUUUAUAGAAAAGAAUGUGUAAACAUAAGUCUACCUGGGACAGACCUUCUAAAAGACUUGGAAAAGGUGAGGUGGUGUGACUUGGGCCGAGAGUAACUUAUGCAGACCUAAGUUGGCUUCUGGAAAAAUUUAAUUACUAUUAAUUAGUUUAUAUUAUGUGUUCCAGGAUGAUCUGCUGCUUGAUGAUAUAAUAAAGGAAAUCAUGACUGCCCACUUACCUCAUGUACCUGACAAGGCGGCUCCUUCCCUUACAAAGUAUCCUUUUAUCAUUCCAAAAUACUCGUCAAUGUGCAUAUGCAUUCACAAAAGACAAAAAGCCCUGGCUUGUCAUCAGGGACUUAUUAGCCACGAGGCAAACAAGGCAUUUGCCUUGGGCGGCAUUUUCCUGGGGGCGGCAAAAAAAGCCGCCCCCAAAUGCCCAAGGCAAAUGUCUUGUUAGCCUGGUGGCUAACUAAAAAUCCGGUCGGAUGGGUGGGCGGGCGGCGCUGGCGAGGGAGCACUUUCCCCUGAGCUCUCUGCUCAGCUCCCUCGUGCGCUGCAGAGUGAUGCCGGGAGUUGGAAUAUGACAUCAUAUUCUGGCUCCCAGCAUCACUCUGCGGCGCGAGGAAGCUGAGCAAAGAGCUCACUAAUCAGUGCUCCCUCGCAAGGGCCGCCCGCCCGCCCAGCAGCCCCACUGGACCUCAGGGAAAGGGAGAACCCCCCCAGCAUUCCCAAAGGUAAGGAGGCUGGGGGGGUUUAAUUAAAAAAAAAAAAAAGUGUGUGUGUGUCUGUUAGUGAGUGAGUGUGUGUGUCUGUUAGUGUGUGUGUGUCUGUUAUCUGUUAGGGUGUGUCUGUUAGUGAGUAUGUGUUUGUCUGUUAGUGUGUGUAUGUUAGUGUGUGUCUGUUAGUGAGUGAGUGUGUGUCUGUUAGCGUGUGUGUGUGUGUUAGUGUGUGUGUGUGUGUCUGUUAGUGAGUGAGUGUGUGUGUGUCUGUUAGUGUGUGUGUCUGUUAGUGAGUGUGAGUGUGUGUCUUUUAGUGAGUGUGUGUAUGUCAGGGAGUGUGUUACUAUGUGUGUGUCUGUUAGUGAGAGUGUAUGCAUGUCAUUUAGUGAAUGUGUGUGUCUGCUAGUGACUGUAUGUGCCUGUAUGUCUGUUUGCUAGUGUAUGCGUGUCUGUCAGUGAAUGUGUGUGUAUUUAGAAGGCGGGGCAGGGGGGAAGGGUGGGGUGACGCGGGGGGGGAGGAGGUGGGGAGUGGGUACGCCUGAGUUUUGUCAUGCCUAGGACACCACAAAACUCCAGAAUCGUAUAAAGCCAUUUAUUAUCAUCACAUAUUUGUUUGGCUCCUUUUAAAAUCAUAAUGAAAACAGAAAUCACCUAAAUGGCCCUGAUCAAAAGUUUGCAUACCCUUGAAUGUUUGGCCUUGUUACAGACACACAAGGCGACACACACAGGUUAUGCCAAUGACAACUAGCAAUGGCAAUUAAAGGUUAAUUUCCCACACCUGUGGAUUUUUAUGGAUGUUUAUGAAUAGUCAAUUAAUUUUUACCUCUCAUGUGGAUGCACUGAGCAGGCUAAAUACUGAGCCUUGGGGAGCAGAAAAGAACUAUCAAAAGACCUGCGUAACAAGGUAAUGGAACUUUAUAAAGAUGGAAAGGAAUAUAAAAAUAUAUCCAAAGCCUUGAUAAUGCCAGUCAGUACUGUUCAAUCAAUUUGGAGAGGUGCCAACAAGACCUAUAAUGAAAAGAAUACCAUCCCCACUGUGAAGCUUGGUGGUGGCCCACUGAUGGUUUUUUUUUGGGGUCUGAGCUCUAAAGGCACGGGGAAUCUUGUGAAAAUUGAUGGCAAAAUGAAUUCAGCAUGUUAUCAGAAAAUACUGGCAGACUAUUUGCAUUCUCCUGCACAAAGGCUGCGCAUGGGACGUUCUUGGACUUUCCAGCAUGACAAUGACCCUAAGUACAAGGCCAAGUAGACCCUACAGUGGUUACAGCUGAAAAACAUGAAGGUUCUGGAGUGGCCAUCACAGUCUUCUGACCUUAAUAUCAUCGAGCCACUCUAGGGAGAUCUCAAACGUGCAAUUCAUGCAAGAUGACCAAAGACUUUGCAUGAUCUGGAGGCAUUUUGCUAAGAUCAAUGGGCAGCUAUACCAACUGCAAGAAUUAGAAGCUUCAUAGACAACUAUUACAAAAAACUGCAUGCUGUCAUUGAUGCUAAAGGGGGCAAUACACAGUAUUAAGAGCUUCGGUUAUGCACACUUUUGAUCAGGGGUCAUUUCAUUUAUUUCUUUGUUGCCAUGUUUUGUUUUAUGUUUGUGCCACUCUUUAUAACCUACAGUAGAAUAUGAAUCCCAUAACAAAUAAAAGAAAUGUGUUUUGCCGGCUCACUCAUGUUUUCUUUAAAAAUGGUGCAUAUAUUACCAAUUUUCCAAUGGUAUGCAAACUUUUGAGCACAACUGUAAAUGAAAAAAUAUUGCAUCUAACAUGAAAAAUGAGGAUUAAAGCAACACUUUAGCGUAAGGAAUGUGUGGCCUUAAUGCUAUAGUGCUAUGUUAAAGGUUUAGAUCCCCGGCAACCCUUGUUAGAAGCUAAAAAUAAGUUUUACUCAUCUUUUCUCUCUUAUAGCGCCGGUUUCCACACUGCUUUUUCCAUCUCCGUGGUUGAGAUCAUUAAAGAUAAAUGGUUCCAGACAAUCCAAUGCUUCUCCAUAGGAAAGCAUUGGGAGGCAGGUAUGACACAUGUGCCAAUCAGAUGAUCUUUGAGAUCAUUUGACUGAAAUAGCAGAGUUUCACUCUACAUUGUAGGGUUUAAAUGCCUCUAGUGGCUGUUACUCAGACAGGUAGGUGGCUUUAAAGCUGUGGCUGAACAGAGUAUGUAUAUGUGUUUGUAUAUAUAUAUAUAUGUGUGUGUGUGUGUGUGUGUAUAUAUAUAUAUAUAAAUAUGUAAAAAAAACAGAUGAAAUUAGUAUCUUGUAAUAUCUUUUUUAUUGGACUAAAAAUUUUUGGGGAUGACUAGUUUUCGGAAGAACCUCCCUUUCUCAGGUCUAAAGCAUUCCUGAGCAAAAAUGAAACAUAGAAUUUAAAGUUGACUUGUGAUACUGGGAUUUAGUUGAGCUGAGUGCAGAAAAGACACAAGUCUGAUAGAAAAUAGACACCAUUCUCAUCGAGGGAUGUAAUAUGCUACAAUCUCUACUCUCUGUAUAUAUGAAAUACAUAUUACAGAUAUACGGAUGUGGAAAACCUUCGGCACUCCAUAUGUUUUCUCGGCUAGUUUUCCUUAAUUGUAUUCUUGUAAGAGAGUUACGGGCAAAAGUAACAUCAGAAAGGUGUUUGGAACAUGCUGCUCUUCUUGCUGCUGAGGAAAUCAUCCUGGAGGUCAGAAUUUAAGUUCUAUGUAUAUCUCUACUAACCUUUCCUGUGUUCCUAAAUUACAAAAUAACAAUUGCUCACCUGUAAUAAACAUGACAUGCCUUCACCGUUAAUGAAUGACAAGCUAAUGUGGCCUACUUGCAUUAUGUAAGCGUAUGUCUCAAUCUAAUAGAGCAUCUUUCUCCUGCCAGGGCAGACCCUGGCCUAGAGGAUCAUAGCUGGAGCUCUUGGGAUAUCUCUGUACUGAUUUUCAGACUCUGUGCACCCUUAACUGAUGUGCUGGGGUGAUGGCACCCUAGCUCCGGCAUCAGUAUAGACCUACUGCAGAGUUCCAAGCAGCACUCCACUGGAAUCCAGGGAUGAGGUUCCACCACAUCUCCCUUACAAGAUAAAAAGGAGACUGGUUGAACCUCACUGUGAAGAAAAAAAAAUAUAUAUAAAUUACAAUAUAAAAUUAGAAUUUAAAUUAAGUGUGUGCUUAUAUGUGUGUGCAUGAAUCAUUAUGUGUAUAUUCAUGUGUGUAUGAGUGUGUAUAUCAAUGGGUGUGUUUAUGAGGAUAUGUGUGUGUAAGUCUGUGUGUAAAUGGAUGUGUGGGUUUAUGUGUGUGAUUGUGUAAGAUUCUGUGUGUAUGUAUAUCAAUAUGUGUGUCUGUGUGGUGAAUAUACGUAUGUGUGAAUAUGAAUGUCUUUGUAUAUGAAUGUGAGUAUGGGCAUCUAUCUAAAUGAAGAAAAAAAUGGUUGGAGGUACAGAAUAAAAUGAAAAAAUCUGCAUUUGGGAUAAGGGUAAAAUAGAUUUCCACCCUGGGUGCCAUGUAACCUAAUGCACCUCUGCUUUCUAUACAUGACUAUAGCAGUUUAUUUUGUAAUCACUAUGCUAGUAAAGGCUAAAAGUAAUUUUUGACAGCAAUGUUUUUUUAUUUUGUUUUGAUAAACUGUAUUAAGUUUUAUAUAUAUUAGGCAGGGGUGGGUAGAAGCAGUGGCGUACACACGACCCCUGGGGCCCCGGUGCGAAAAUUGAUCCGUGGGCCCCGCGCGCGCGCGGGCCGGACCGCAACACAUGGCGGUGGGCACCUGGUCGCAGGGGUUACAGGGCUGCGACCCCUGCGACCACGGUAUGUACGCCAGUGCAUGCAGAUGCACACACACUUAAAGGACCACUCUAGGCACCCAGACCGCUUCAGCUUAAUGAAGUGGUCUGGGUGCCAGGUCCAGCUAGGGUUAACCCAUUUUUUCAUAAACAUAGCAGUUUCAGAGAAACUGCUAUGUUUAUCAAUGGGUUAAGCCUUCCCCUAUUUCCUCUAGUGGCUGUCUCAUUGACAGCCGCUAGAGGCGCUUGCGUGCUUCUUACUGUGAUUUUCACAGUGAGAGCACGCCAGCGUCCAUAGGAAAGCAUUAUGAAUGCUUUCCUAUGUGACCGGCUGAAUGCGUGCACAGCUCUUGCUGCGCGUGCGCAUACAGCCGACGGGGAGGAGAAGAGGAGGAUCGGAGGAGGAGAGCUCUCCGCCCAGCGGUGGAAAAGGGUAAGUUUUACCCCUUUCCAGAGCCGGGCGGGAGGGGGUCCCUGAGGGUGGGGGCACCCUCAAGGCACUAUAGUGCCAGGAAAACGAGUGUUUUCCUGGCACUAUAGUGGUCCUUUAAAGGACCACUACAGACACCCAGAUCACAUCAGCUCAAUGAAGUUGUCUGGGUGUCAGGUCCCUCUAGUUUUAACCCUGCGGCUGAAAACAUAGCAGUUUCAGAGAAACUGCUAUGUUUCACUGAGGGUUAAUCCAGCCUCUAGUGGCUGUCUCACUGACAGCCGCUAGAGGAGCACACUGAACGUCCAUAGGAAAGCAUUGAGUAAUGCUUUCCUAUGGGCGGUUUGAAUGCGUGUGCGGUUGCAUUUGGAGCUGAGAGGCUGAGGGAUCCGCAGCGCCAAGGGAGUCCGGCGCUGGAGAAAGGUAAGUGCUGAAGACACACACACACUUACAGACGCAUACACACUAGCCAACAGACACACACAUUUACUGACAGAGACACACUCAGCGACAGACAUACAUACACACUCACAAAACAUACACUCUCAUUGACAAACACAAACUCACUAACAGACAUCAAACAGACUCACUAACACACACACACACACACACACACUCAGUAAGACACACACAGUAACACACUCACUGACACUCACUAGCAGACACACACACUAACACUCACUCUAACACUCACACUCACUCUAACACUCACUCUAACACUCACACUAACACUCAAACACUAACACAUGUUUUUUUUUUGUUUUUUUUUAAUUUAAUCCCCCCAGCCUCCGUACCUUUUGGAGUGCUGGGGGGAUUCCCUGGGGUCCAGUGGUGUUGCUGGACUCCUGGGCGGGUGGCCGGUCGGGCAGGCGGGCGCGCGAGGGAGCACUCAGUGCUUCCUCUUCAGCUCCCUCGCGCUCUGCGUAGGGAUGCCGGCGCCGGAAGAUGACGUCAUCUUCCGGCUCCGGUAUCAGUGCGGUGCGCGAGGGAGCUGAAGAGGAAGCACUGAGUGCUCCCUCGCGCGCCCGCCUGCCUGCCCGACAGGCCACCCGGGGUCAGCAGGGCCAGCCUCAGGGGGGCCCUGGGGUGGUCGGCUCCUGGGCCCCCCAGGGGAAGAGGCUGGCCCUGGGCGUACAUACCGGGUCGCAGGGGCGGCCGGGCCCCCUGGUGGGCCGGGCCCGGUCGCAGCCGCGACCCAUGCGACCCUGGUAUGUACGCCACUGGGUAGAAGGGUGAUGCAAUCAGAAAAGUGAGUUAAUCACAGUGAUCAUGCUGUUAUAUAUGAUUGGAAUAAAUCUGCAUUCUUCCAAUUACUAAUAGAGGUAACUAACAUUGAUUCUAGUUUAUUAAUUAUUUACAACAAGAAUAACAUAAUUAAUUUUCUUCAAUAACUUAUGCACAUAGCAUACUGGAGAUUAAAUAACAUCUGUCUAUUUUCAAAAUUCUAUGUUAUAUAAUUCAAUGUAUAGGAAUUAAAAAUGCCAACAUGGGCAGUUAAAGUUCAUCUUGUCGGUAACAGGUCCUGAUGAGGAUCCUGAUGAGCUUAUGUAAUUUAGAGAUGCAAAGAAUGAAUGUCUCAAUAACAGUAGGAGAGCCAUUAACCUUGGAAAAAAAUCCAAUUAUAACCAGGACUCUGCUCACCAAAACAUCUUAGUCGUUGCAGAUAGCCUAAGGCAAGCAAUCUAGUUUUAAUUAACAUGGGAAGCAAAGAGUCUCAUUAACAAUGAUGAUAGUCACAGAUACAUCGAAAUACAAACAUUUUGGAUAAAAGCCUGUAGUCCUAAACACAACAAGCUGUGGAAAUUGGGGAACGAAUACAGUUUAAUGAAUCAUUGUCAGCUAUUUGGAAUAUUUCCUGGAAGGAUCUUGUAAAGUAUAUCAUGCAUUCAAACACGUAAGUUUAAAAAAAAAAAAAAGUGUUCAAUAAUAUUAUAUAAUUUAUGUAAAUUCCCUAGCUGUGUUGUAAAAAAUGUUGUUAAAUAAUUAAAAUAAAUAUACGAAUGGGAGACACUCAAAGAACAUACAUUUUAUAAAAGUGGUGCUUUCUAUUGACAGAUGCCCCAUUAGAAGCAGUGCCGGGCUAGGGACCUCAUGGGCAUGGAGAUGAAAAUUACUGUGGGACUAAUUACAAAAUGUAAUUUUAGUUUCUUGUACUUAAAAGACCAUGUGCAUGAUCUCUGUCUGCGACUAGACUUUACAUUCAUCCAUAAAACCAUGCCCACAUGCAUACACACACAUACAUAUAUAUACUUAGAAUUUCUAGCAUAUGAAAUCUAUUUUCACCAGUAGGCCAAAGCACAGAGAUAUCCACUGAAAGAGCAAUGAGUACUGGAUGAUGGGAUACAAGGAAUCCAGUCUUUAGUUAUAGAGCACAGGGGCACUUAGUGUAACAAACAUAGAGUAGAGAUAGGAGGAAUAUAAUGCAGAGAUUAUGUGUUCUGAGGCCAGGCUUAUUCCGCAAAUGGGGUAAAGUCAUUAUAGGGGAGAAGGCUCAAAUAUGAGACCGAUUCAUAUAGUGUGGACAGGGCCGGUGCAAGGAUUUUUGCUGCCCUAGGCAAAAGAAGGAUUUGCCGCCCCUUCCCCCCCCCCCCGGAACAUCGCAAUGCCCCACCCGUAGAACUAAUGCCAGUGCUGCACACAGUGUGUGUUUACAUUAAAAAGCCUGCAGGCACAAACUAUAGACACCAGAACAACUUUAUUAAGCUGCAGUGGUUCUGGGGACUAUAGUGUCCAUUUAAUGUGAGGUAAAUUAGAUAUUAGUGUCACUAAUAAUAUACUAGAUUGCCUACUUACAACCAGAUGAGGAUGAUGAUGGGCUCUGGCUCCACUGGUCUGGUGUAGAACAGGAUCUCUGGAGGCUGUUUGUAACUGUGGUCACAAAAUUCAAUGUUCUGGGAGAACGGGAAGCAGCUCCAUUUUUUGGGGCCUCUUACACAGCUCAAGGUCUGGGCCCCAGGGCCUGACGGUGAGUAUGCCCAUAAAGCCCACCCAUAAGUCCACCUACAUGUUCCACCCAUGAGUUCGCUCACAGGGAGUGGAGUGUGUAGGGGAUGUGUUAUGUGUUACUGUAGAGGAUCUAAUGUGUGUGCUUACAUAAUGUAGUGUAUAGGGAUACCAGUUUGUGUAGGUGAUGCAGUGUGUUUGUGUGUAGUGGAAGCAGUGUGUGUGUGUGUGUGUGUGUAUAAGGGAUGUAUUGUGUGUUUCUUGUUGUGUGUAAGGGAUGCAUUGUGUGAAUCUGUGUUUGUAUGCAUAAGGGAUGCAAAGUGUGUUUCUGUGUAUGUAAGGGAUGCAGUGUGUGUCUGUAAGGGGUGCGUUGAGUGUGUGUAAGAGAUGCAUUGUGUUUCUGUGUGUGUGUGUAAGAGAAGCAGUGUGUGUUUGCAUGUGUGUGUAAGGAAUGCAUUGUGUGUUUCUGUGUAUAUGUGCAAAUGAUGCAUUGUCUUUAUGUGUAAGGGUUGCAUUGUGUGUUUUUCUGUGUGUAAGGGAAGCAUGUUGUGUUUCUGUGUGUAUAGGGAUGCAUUGUGUGUGUGUGUGUGUGUGUGUGCGUGUGUGUGCGUGGUGUGAAAGAGCUCCCUGUCCCCCUGUCCUAUAGAGCUCUCCCUUCCAUUUCUUAGAGAUCUCCCCUGCCCCUUAGUGGUCUCUCCUUUCCCCCCCACCUCCCUUAGUGGUCUCCUUUUCUCCCCGACUUUCCAUUAGUGGUCUCUCCUCUCCCCCCACCCUUCCCUAGUGGUCUAUCCUCCACCCCCCUCCCUUAGCGGUCUCUCCUCACACCCCUCCCCUAGUGGUCUCUCCACCGCCCCCUCCCUCCUUUAGUGGUCUCUCCCUCCCCUAUGUUCUCAUCUCCCACCCCUUGUGUUCUCCUCUUAUUCCCCCCCUCCCUGUGUUUUCCUCUUAUUCCCCCCUCCCUGUGUUCUCCUCUUCUUCUCCCCCUGUAAUCUUCUCUUCUUCUCCCCCCUCCCUGUAAUCUUCUCCCCUCCCCCUUGUAAUCUUCUCCCCCCUUCCCUCCCUGUAAUCGCUGCUUCUCCCCCCGUAAUCUUCUCUUCUUCUCCCCCCAUAAUCUUCUCUUCUUCUCCCCCCCAAUCUUCUCCCCCCUCCCAUCAAUCAUCUCCCCCCCACUUCCCUCCCAUCAAUCAUCUCCCCCCCUCCUUCCCUCCCAUCAAUCAUCUCCCCCCUCCCUCUCUCUUAUCAAAUCUCCCUCCCCUCAAUCAUCUCCCCAUCCAUCAUCCCCCUCCUCCCUCCAUCAAUCUCACUCCUCCCUCCCAUCAAUCAUCUCCCCCUCCCCCAUCAAUCAUCUCCCCCCUCCUCCCCAUCAAUCAUCCUCCCCCUCCCUCCCAUCAAUCAUCCCCAUCUCAUCCCAUCCUCCCUCCCUCCCCAUCCAAUCAUCUCCCCCCUCCCUCCCAUCAAUCAUCCCUCCCCAUCAAUCAUCUCCCCCCCCUCCCUCCCCAUCAAUCCCAUCUCCCCCCCUCCCUCCCAUCAGCUUCACCUCACCUCCCCUUCCCUGCUGUAGCGUGGCCGAGCUCCUUUCCGGUCCCGCGACCCGGCGGGACUGACAGGAAUAUACACAGGGGAGGUGAGGCACUGUGGCAGCCGCCUGAGCGCUCUCUAUAGAGCGCUCAGACGGCUGCAGAAUUUAAAGGGCCGGCGAUGGGGGCGCACGGCGCCUCCUCCUAUAGUUCGCCUUAUAGGAAGCGCCGGCCCUGAGUGUGGAUGCACCAUCUGUAAGCUGGCUAUGCAGAGGGCUACAGAACCAUAGUAAGAAUAAUAGAGGCAAUGUCCGGGAAGGUGCUAAAUCCAAGGGAAAACUGCCAGGAAUGCAUAGUAGAAUUAACUAACAAUAUACACAAAAUAUAGGUUUCACCAAUAUAAAGUCCAGUAAGUCCACAAUUGCUGGAGUCUGUUCUUAACUGGUAACCGCCCAGACUGCAAAUGGUGGGAGUAUAUGGCAUAAAAGCAGAAAAUAAAUCAAUACACUGAAAUUAAUACCAUACAGGAGCACACUAUAUAAUAUAUAAUCUUUAUUAGAAGAUAAACAUAAUAACUUGUUUUUUUGUUUUCCAUUUUAUCUUUAAACCUGAAACAGUGAAAAGUAUGGUGAUUACCUGUUUGUUAAAUUUUGCUACUGCGAUAUACUUUCUGUAAAUGCAUUCUGCUUUGGAGUAAAUUUAUGGAUUAUUGAAAUUUUGGAUUUUCUAACAAUGGUUAUUAUUUUUUGUAUGGUAUUACUUUCACUGUACUGUAAGUUUGAGCCUGACAUUGGUAUCCAUUAUUUUUAAGUUGGUGGGGCACGUCAUUCCAUUUAUGGGCAAAGGUUGUACAAGGGCCUUUAAACCAUGGUAUGGUCAGUGAAAUUAAGUAGAACAUGGAUUUGCUUGCAAAUAAUUUCAUAUGAAGUAGGUGAGGCUGAAGUAGACAUACCUUUCUACACAUACACAUGUGGUGAUAUUUUUUUGCCACUUUCAUAUAACCCUAUGUUAUUAGUUUCCUACAUUGACUGCACUAGUUGCUCUAAUCAUCAAGGUUUUAUAAAUAUGUCACGGCUUCUUUUCAGUUUCAGUAGCCUUUGUAGUUAGUGGAUGAAGUCUAGAAAUGUAUUCUUCUAUAGAAUGAGAUUACAAAGAAUAUAGAACAUAAUCUAUUCACAUCAUCUGGACCUGUAUCUAUCUAUUCUAUUUAUUAUGUUGAUCUUUUUCUAAUUGUUCUAGCAUUAUCUAUGUAACUACACUUGAUAGCAAUCUGUAGCAGUAUCUGUGUAACUACACUUGUUAGCAAUUCAUAGCAGUAUCUUUGUAACUACACUUGAUAGUAAUUAAUUGCAAUAUCUAUGUAACUACACUUGAUAGCAAUUCAUAGCAGUAUCUAUGUAACUACACUUGAUAGUAAUUCAUUGCAAAAUCUAUGUAACUACACUUGAUAGCAAUUCGUAGCAGUAUUUGUGUAAAUACACUUCAUAGCAAUUCAUAGCAGUAUCUAUGUAACUACACGUGAUAGCAAUUCGUAGCAGUAUCUAUGUAACUACACGUGAUAGCAAUUCAUAGCAGUAUCUCUGUAACUACCCUUCAUAGCAAUUCGUUGCAGUAUCUGUGUAACUACACUUGAUAGCAAUUCGUAGCAGUAUCUAUGUAACUACACUUGAUAGCAAUUCGUAGCAGUAUCUGUGUAAAUACACUUCAUAGCAAUUCAUAGCAGUAUCUAUGUAACUACACGUGAUAGCAAUUCGUAGCAGUAUCUAUGUAACUACACGUGAUAGCAAUUCAUAGCAGUAUCUCUGUAACUACCCUUCAUAGCAAUUCGUUGCAGUAUCUGUGUAACUACACUUGAUAGCAAUUCGUAGCAGUAUCUAUGUAACUACACUUGAUAGCAAUUCGUAGCAGUAUCUGUGUAAAUACACUUCAUAGCAAUUCAUAGCAGUAUCUAUGUAACUACACGUGAUAGCAAUUCGUAGCAGUAUCUAUGUAACUACACGUGAUAGCAAUUCAUAGCAGUAUCUCUGUAACUACCCUUCAUAGCAAUUCGUUGCAGUAUCUGUGUAACUACACUUGAUAGCAAUUCGUAGCAGUAUCUGUGUAACUACACUUGAUAGCAAUUUGUAGCAGUAUCUUUGUAACUACACUUGAUAGCAAUUUUUAGCAGUAUCUGUGUAACUACACUUGAUAGCAAUUCGUAGCAGUAUCUGUGUAACUACACUUGAUAGCAAUUCGUAGCAGUAUCUCUGUAACUCUACUUGCAAUGGUAGUUCACAGAGAUGGCAGCCUGUAGUAAAGGUUUUAAGUACAGGUUUCAUUGUGAGCCAGGAAGGAAGAAAUUUAGAGUUGAAAUGAUGGUAACAAGUAACAUGUGAAAUGCAUUGGCUUAGAUUUAGGCUCUGAAAAGUCAUCCUGAGAAAUGCAAUACUCAUUUGGUCUGCUAUGUCUUCCCCUUUGCCUCUCUUGCUUUAAUAAUGAGGCAUUUCAGAAAGGCUGAAGAAAAGAGCCAAUAAAUCUGCAGCCUUAAGCUAAAUACACUUAAAAUGUUUUGUGAUUUAAGUCGUCCUAUGAAGCACUCAAUCCAAUAAUACCUUUGUUUAGACAGGAAAUGCACGCCAGCAUUUUAUUACUCUUCUGUGUGCGUCUGUCAAACUGUAUUUUCUUUGAUUCAGAUAAGCACCAUACCAUUUAUUUGUAUUAAGAAGUGUGUGUGAUACAGAGUUCAACCCCCCCAUUCUAUGUGUACUCUAUCAUGGUUUAUUGUAUAAUAAUCAGAAAGAUAGCUUAAUAAUAAAAAAAAAAGAGCAGGGAUUACUGUGCUGUCAAACAUAUAACCUGAAAUGUAAUGGCAAAAGACAAAGUUCAAUCGAUUAGUCUGUACUGUAGAGUUGUACUCGUUGGUUUAAGGAAAUUUCGUCUUGUCGGAUGGUUACAUAGAGAGGGCUAGGUUUAGUUGGAUGCAAAUCCUGCAUGUCUUCACCGCUUUCUCUACCAAGAAAACCAUAGACAUUUAAUAGUUAUUGUAGCUAUUGUCAUUAGAGUUACUUGCCUCAUUGUGUCCCCUAAACCACUACAGGAAUGUUUUUAAUUUAUUUGUAUUUGGGGAGUCUAUUUUUCACACACACCACACAAAUCUGUAUGUAUGAACUUACUACAUAAUCUAGCUGUUCUUUCAAUGGGCAUAUCAAAUGUUUAAAUCCCGUGUUGCGUGGUAGUUGAUGUCUUUACAGAAUUUAAAAAAACAAAACAAACAAAAAACAUAUUGCAUGGAAUCACUCACACUGUGCAUUGGUUAAUAUUGUACUUCAGUGCACACCAAGAUUGGGAUGAGCUUUGCACUUGCUCAAGGUGAUCUGCAAAGCAUUCCUAACUUGGGAUGACCCCAUGGGUCUGUCACCAGACAUCAUAUGUGACUGCCUAGACAAUUGUAGAUAGAGCAAGUGCAAGGCUAGUUAGAGAGCUUAUACUCAAGCUACAUACUCAUGAUCCUAAGAAGGGUAAAUGCUAUUAUGAGAGUUUUUAUUCUGAAUUAAUGGUUUGUGGUUUGCUUAUCCAAAACUACUGGCCACAGGCUAAAAUGUCUUAGACAAUGUUUACGCACAGCCGUCAUAACACACAACGGUAACCUAGCUGUUAUCUGCAAUCUUUCCUGUAGACAAAACCACAGCACAAUAUAGUUAUGCAAUAGUUAAUAGAAAGGAGUACAUAAAUUAUGGCACUUAAAACAAAAAUAUGAAGUGUCGUAACCUUAGGGAGCUUGGUUGUACAAGCUCUAGCUCUUGUCCUUUACGUAAAACCAGCUCCCAUGUUUGUUGUGGCUGGUGUGAGCCCUGUGGAGCUUCAGGUGGAUGCUUAAAACUACAAGAAUGCAUCCUUUGUAAACAUGAAACAACUUGCAGAUAUAGUCGAUGCAAUUAUUAAUGUCAAGUUCAAGUUUUAAUGUGUGUAAAAUAAUGGCUAUUAAACAUACCUGUUUAAAGAAUCCUUGGAUAUGCAAAGUAUCAUAUAUUUAAAUGGUGUUUAACAUAAUAAGGUUACUUCUUGGAAGUAUGGGUGGUUGGGUAGAUGCAUGGACGGAUAGACAGACGGACCGUUUGGUUUUUAAUGCAUUUUCUCCACUCCUAAUCACAAAAUUCCAGAGGAGUAGCUUGCACAGUUUUGAGUUUAUCGCACAAUUUUAUAGCAGUAACAUUCUCAAUAAUCGGCACAAACUCACGUGAGUGUAUCAAAGAGUGCCUUAGCAAUUAAACGUAAAAAAUAUUUACAGUGUUCUAUGACAAUAGAACUCAAACUAAUAUGCAGUAUGUACGUAAAUCACAGAGCCCCACCAUACUAAAAAUCAGAAUGAUAUGUGUAUAUAGAGAUAUAUGGAUGUAUCACAAAGCUCCACAGCAAAACAAGUAAUUGUAAUAGACAACGCAAACAGAGAUUCACAGAGCUCCACCUUAAUAAAAUUCACAAUAAUGUUCAGACAUGUAGAAGUGUAUAACAGUGGUCCACAGCAAUUAAACUAACUGUAACAUGCUGUUUGGAUGAAUGUAUCACUGAACUCCACCGCAAAAAAAACUCACAGUAAUUUGUGUUUAAUGGCCAAUAAAUGUGUUUAUAAGUUAACAUUGUAAAAUGCCGAAUAAAGACUCAAGCCAUCAAGUUUGACCUUUCACACAUCCCUUUGCUGCUGUUGAAAAGGCAAAAAAAAAACACACACUGAAGUGAUUUACAAUUUUGCCUCAAGGGGAAAAUUCCUUCUUGACUCCAGAAUGAAUUUAUCCCUGAAACAACAAGCUUUUACAAUAAUAUUUAAUGCAUCAUUCUGACUUUGUAUAUUCAACCAUUUUUAAAAAAAUGCAUCUAGUCCUUAUUAACUGGAUGUACAUGUAUUGACUAUGAUAGCACCACUCUUCUAGGCUCUUCAUAUAUAUUUUUCUUAUCGUAAAGUGUCAUAUCUUUUUCCAAAGUCUCAAUUAAAAGAUAUUGGUCUUUGCCCUGUUUUAUUAAUGAACAUGACAGGUCACCGUCGCCAACGAGUAUUGUUUGUAUCAUGUUUGUAAGAUGCCUUUCAGAGGAUUUAUUCAUUAAACUCCAAUUUGUAGCCAACUGGAAUCUAAAUGGGGAAAUAUGGGCCAAAGUAGCUGAAGCAGAACAUUUCUUCAAAUCAGUUACAGCUUUGGUAUUGUAGUCUAAAUAGUAGGCAUGUGCAUGGGGAAAAUUUUCGGUUCGGCACGGCAUUACGAAAUUCGUGACUUGCGCAAUUCGGGACUUCUGCAAUUCAGCACUUCGACACUUCAGAACUUCGGCAAAUUCGGCACUUCGGAACGUCGACACUUCGGUAAUUGCGGAACUUCGGCAAUUCAGUAAUUAAUCUAUUCGGACAUUCGGAAGUACCCGAAUGUCCGAAUUGCCCAAAAUUCGUCUGAAUUCACAUUUGGACCAAAACGAAUUGCACAUGUCUACUAAAUAGUAUCAUUCACAUUGCAGUUCUCUACAAUUCAGAGUUAAGUGGUUAAAUCCUAGAGUGCAAACAUCUACAAAUGUAAAAAACUACCAACCUUUCAUCACAACUAUAUUCAUUUUAAAAAUUUCCGCUUUUUUUUUCCAAUAUUUUUUUCCAAUAUUUUUUUAUUAAUUUUGGGGCACUGGUGCUCAGACCUCCACUGCACAAUUAAAAUUGGAUAUCAAUUGGAUAUACUUUACUAGUGAUUUAUAAAGAAGGUCUGAUUUUAUCCCCAUGAAUCAGUGCUCAUACAAUAAUUAUAUUUAUAAUGUAUACCACUUUGCAUUUAAUGCAGGCUUCCCAACAGUCCCAUUUUUUGUGGCACAGUCCCUAUUUUAGGGUCCUUUCCCACUCUCUUGUUUUCUGGUGUCCAUAUAAGGAAUUACUAGAGAACUGUCCCCUUUUAAUACAGUGUGAGCGUAUCAUUAGACCACCCCCUUUUUUUCCCAAACACUCUUCAAAAAGUGACUAACCACUUAAAAGGAUGAGAUGUGUAGUGUGAUAUGGGCCCUUUUGAAAGGAAAGGCUUCUAUGAUAACAAAAAAAAAUCACAAUAAUAUAUUAAAUAAUUUAUAAUAAAAGCCAUUUGUCAUAUUCUGAACUAAACACACUUACCCUCAAAGCUUUUCAUUUACAUCUGUCUCUCUAAGAAUAGCACUGUAAUUCUUUCUAAAUUAAUUUUACGCAUUUCUUUUGUAUUUUUUUUGUACACAUUAACACAAGAUUUCAAGACAUCUUCAGUUGUUAAAACACAAUCAGGCAACAUUAGAGUUGCUAAGCCAUCGCCGAAUGACAGCACAAUUGUUUCGGUCACCAAGUAAAAUAAACCUUUGUGCUGAUGUAAGAACUAAUUAAACUCAGCUAUUUUUAAUGUUACACUUAUUGUAUAAUUCAUUUUUUAUUGUUUUAAACAAAUAAUAUUGCAUUGCUCAGUUACCAAUAUGACACAUUUUAACUCUAAUGGAAUUUGGCGGAGACAUGCAAAGCUUUUUACAAUUUACAACAGCUAGCUAAAAAUGAACCGUGUGUUGUGCUUUUAUUUUACUAAAAUUCUAUGCAGUUUUUUUCCCCUUAAAUUAUUUAUAUGACGUGUUGAGCAUAGCACGUAACAUUAACCCCUCAGUGCUGCCUUUGAGACAUCCGAAAGAAUAUACUACUUUGCCUGUGUUCAUACAUCAUUUUUAUGAUUAGGUGAGCUGGCCACAAAGUACUGCCCUUUAAGCGUUACCCCAAGUACCAUGACCACAUCAGUGUUUUGAAGUGGUUGUGGUGCUUGCAGUUCAGUGACAUUUUAGUUUGCUGCUGGAUGUGUAACUUCACGUCCUGCAGUGUCAUCUGCUAAAAUGGAAUGAGAUAUCUGGCUGGCUAAUGUGAUGUUCUAUGUAUAUUCUUUGGCUGAGAAUUAUCAGUUGACCAUCUCUGUUAACGAAUGACUAGUGGCAGCAUUUGGCCACUGUAGCUUUACGAGGAGACUCAGUGCUUGGUGGGACCCAGGUUUGAGAGCACACUAUUGCAAAGUGUUUUACUCCAUUACCAGGGGACAGCACCCGCCUGCAGUGGAUGUGAUGCUUGCAGUAACCCUUUAACUGCUUCAUUGAAAGGCUAAUUAAUCAAUCUGUUUAUGAGGUCAUAUGGUAAAGGACAUUACCUGCAAUUUUCCUCGGGGAAAAGCGGAACCAGAACAAAAUGCUACUACCAUUUCCUGAAAAUGUGCUAACCCUAAAGCUCAACUCAUCUGAUAUCACAAUCAGAAUCUCUGGGGUAGAUCAGGUCAGUUCUCGGGUAUGGUGAUUAAAAUGAGAAAUGUUUACAGGUCUUCUAGGAAAAUAAUAUAUUUAUCUUAUCUAUUCCACACACUGUAUAAAGAUUCCAUCUGCAAAUGGCUCAAAAUAUUGCAGUGAAGGAAAUGAAUGGAAAAUAUGUAUUAGAACGUAUUUAUUAGAACAGCAAUUCAGAGAAAGAGGAGUGUAUUUAUUCUUAGUUUUGACUGUUUCCCAGGCAUUCUCACAGUUGUAGCAGUAGACAAAAUGUUUUCUAGUUUCUGGGAAAAAAAUAAAUAAACUUGUGUUGCUGCAUCUCCAGUUUAUAAGCCAAUCACCUUGCCAGUUGUCGUAGACAAUAAAUUAUUUCUUACUCUAUUCCUGAUGAGAAUUAUCCAAAAAAGGACUGGGGAAUGGAAUUCCAAAUGUUACAGUGUAUCUCCUAUUAUCCAGUCCAGUUUAAUCUAAUAAUUUGUAAAAUUUGUUGUAUACAGAACUUUAUUAACCAAAGAAAAACAAAUUUAGCUUUAUAUUUGUGCAUAUUGCACAGCAUCUUACUUUCAGUGUGUACUACCUAAUUCAGACAUCUGUGGCUUUGAAUAAUGCUGGAGUAAUUCAUUAAUAGAGGGUUUCUAUUUGUUGCAAAAAAUUCGAACAUCUUCCACGAUUGAAGAUUUAUCACUAUAGUCACUGCUCAAGACCAGUAUCCUAAUAUAAGUUCCAUUGGCGGAACUAAUAGAGAGAGGACUCUGAUGCAAAAUGAAUACAUUUUUAAAGAGUAUGGGUGGCAGAUAGUCAACUGCCGCACAUCAAAUGCUUUGCCAGGUGUGAAUCUGCCUGACCCACUGAGGCCCGCGUGCAGUUCUACGAGCUGCACCAUUUUAUUUCUGCAAUUGACAAGUGCAAUCAAUUCAAAUGUGAUAUUUGAUAUACACUGUGAUGGUUUAUUAGAAGUUAAUGUUAUAUUUCAUUAACUAGGUACUGUACUAUUCAUCUGAAUAUUUAUCAGCGAUAUGCAUUCCAUAUCUUACUGUUUACUUAAGUAUAAGUCCAUAGAUUUCUCCAUUAUGGCUCUUACACUUGUAGGGUCCCCAAAACGUUGGCUUGAAGAGUAGGCUUGGGUUGAAGGUGGUCCCCUGUUACGCUGUCAUUACACAUAGUAGAAUAUAACUGCAACUAUAAGCUUGUUCAUUCUAUUUCUAAACAGUGGUUUAUGAAAUGAGACUCUUCUUGGCCAGUGCAAGUGAAGCAGCUUUAGGAACUUCAAAGGUAUCUAUAUUUAUAUUUGUUUAAAGAAUUAUAAACAAUUCUGCAUUAUACAUAAUGCAUAAUGCAGAAAAGAAAAACAAACAAAGUGAGAGUUGGUUUCAGAUCUGGAGCAUUCCUUUGUGCUUUCUAAAAGUGUAAACUAUGCAUUUCUUUAGAAAUGUUUAGUUAUGCUGGAUUUUGUUCAAUCUAGAUUUCAUUGGUAAGAUUUGUUCUAAAUAUGUUUCCUGUGCUCCCUACGAUCCUUCAAAAGUUAAUUUUCUUUGCCUUUUAUUUUUUUGUUUUGUUUCUAAGACAAUAAUAUAAUUUUUUCAGAUUUUUAAAAAGUUUUUUAAUUUCUAUUAAAUGUAGUUUUCAUUCUUUUUACUCUCUCACAUAUUUCCUGUUCUAUACCAUUCAACAUUUAUUUUUGUUAUGUUACUAAACCUUAUACUAAUACCUUAUCAAAGAAACCUUUGCAGAUCUUCUAUCAAAAUGGAAUUUCACACUCAUUAAUUUUCACAAAAUAUUAUUUUUAAUAUUUUGUCCUGCAAUGAUCUCUACACCACAUGGUCCAAUGUGUCAUUCCAUUUUAUCAUAUAUUUUUUUCUUGGUGAUUUUUGUAUCAUUAGGCAUGUUGGGAUGUAAAUAAUGCCAGAGAGUUAUGUUGUUGAGUUGCUGUGUGUGGCAGGGUUAUGCAUAUAUAGAUGUAAACACAUAUUUAAACUUUUUCCGUUUCACAAUCUUUUUGUGUUUAAGUAUCAUUAUUUUUCCCCCCAUAUAAUUACAGUUUGUUAUUUAGUUGCCUAACUUGUUGUUGUAAUUCCUAGUAUCAAGAUUUUUUUUUUGUCCAGAUGUUCUAGGUAUGUUUGUUAUCCAGAUGUUCAUUACAGACCAGUUAAUUGUACAGUUAAAAAAUUGCCUUUGUUUUGUCAGUCUGCAUCCCUUAAUUUCUCCCUGGGUCCCCGUCGACCCAUCUGUACUUUUGGAAAUAUGUGGAAAAUAAAGCAUCUCAUUAUACUCUUAACUAUGUAACCUGAGUUUUAUAAAUAAAUAAAUAAAUAAAAAGUAGAACGUAUGUUUAUUUUUACUUAACAAAUAAUCUCUUAUUCUACAACAUAGUUGUUUUUUUUGUUAGACAAGAAAACACAACCUGUUGAUACAGGAAAUCAAUUUUUGAGGAAAAAAAAAAAAAAAGAGUCAAACGUGUGUGGAAUAGAUUAAUAUUGAUUCAAAAUUCAAGAAGAUGUGGGAUUUGUCUAAUUGAUUUUGGGAAGUGUGAAAGAGGAAGGUAGUGUCUCCUUUCAACAACACUAUUGGGAUAGAAAUUAGACACUUAAGAUGCUAGCAAGAUUGCGAGUUUAACUCAGUGCACAUCAUGCCGCAUGUAUGCAUGCCUGGAUGAUUCUGUCCAGGGUCCAUACCUCUGUGGUGGGUGUGAGCGAGUGGCAUUUUUGGAAGCUCAGAUUAGAGAUCUGGAGAGGCAAAUUGUAACACUGAGGGAGAUUGACAAUCUUGAGAGGAGUCUGCUACUCACUGAGCAGAGUUUAGUGGGGACAGGUAGUGGAGAGGGAGGAGAUAAGACAGAUGGGGAACAGGCAUGUAGCUGGGUGACAGUGGGGCGAGGAAGCAGGGUGGGGAGGGAAGAGAAAAGGUUUAGCUAGUCCUGAUCUCAUGCAGCCUAACAGAUUUGCCCAUUUGAGUGACGAUAUUGGGAGCAUCAGCUCAGGAGUAGCUGUACUGCAGGAAGCAGUUGGGGUUGAGAGGGUAAAGAAGUCUAGACAGGUUGUGGUGGUAGGGGACUCUAUUAUUAAGAGCGUAGAUAGGGUAAUCUGCCACUCUGAUCGACUCGACCGGACAGUUUGCUGUCUUCCGGGUGCUCGGGUCCGGCAUGUUGCCGACAGAGUGGAGGGAUUAUUGGGAGGGGCAGGUGAUGACCCAGCUGUCAUGGUCCAUAUUGGUACCAAUGACAAAGUCAGAGGAAAAUGGAAGGUCCUAAAGAAUGAGUUCAGGGAACUAGGAAGUAAGCUAAAGAAAAGGACCUCCAAGGUAAUUUUUUCAGAAAUAUUACCUGUGCCGCGCGCUACAGCAGAAAGGCAGCGGGAUAUUAGAGAGGUCAAUGCGUGGCUAAAGUCUUGGUGCAGGAAUGAGAGUUUGGGGUUUUUAGAGCACUGGGCUGAUUUUGCGCUUGGGUACAACCUGUAUAGUCAUGAUGGAUUGCACCUAAACGGAAGAGGGUCUGCUGUGCUGGGGGAUAGGACGGCUAGAAGGUUGGAGAAGAUUUUAAACUAGUGGUAGGGGGGAGGGUCAAAUCAAUCUAGAAAAUGGAGAUAGGAUGGAAAGGAGAUGGGCUUUAGCUCAGAACAAAGGGGGUGGAGAAGGGGGGAGGGGAAAGCUCAGAACAGAGGAGGUAUGUAAUAUUGAUAAUUCACAAAAAGUACAAAAGACUCAUGAUAAUAUUAAAUGUAUGCUUACUAAUGCAAGGAGCCUAUAUAACAAAAUGUGGAACUAGAGGCAAUAGCAAACAAUAAACAAUAUGAUAUAAUAGGCAUAACAGAAACAUGGUGGGAUGAGACACAUGACUGGGCAGUUAAUUUAAAUGGGUACACGUUAUUUAGGAAGGAUAGGAAAAACAAGAAGGGUGGUGGGCUAUGUUUAUAUGUCAACCAUGAGUUAAAGUCAAAUCUUAGGCAUGUGUAGAGUGACGAGGAAAAUGUGGAGGCUUUAUGGGUAGAUAUCUGCUUGGGGCAAACAAACGGAAAUCAAUUAUUGGUUGGGAUAUGUUAUAAACCACCUAAUGUAAAUAUUAUUGAGGAAGAACAACAGUUAGAGCAAAUUGAGAAAGCUGCAAAUCGAGGUAACACGUUAAUUAUUGGAGAUUUUAAUUACCCAGACAUAAAUUGGGAUAGAGGGACUACUACUUUAGGAAGGGGAAUCCGGUUUUUGAAUGUGUUAAAUGACACCUUUAUGUCACAACUGGUACAAGCACCAACUAGAAAGGAUGCUUGUCUGGAUCUCGUCAUAACAAACAAUGUUGAUCUUUUAACCCCUUCAGGACGGAGUCGAUAGUGCACGUUCUGAUCAAAACAAAAUGUAAACAAAAACUGGAAUUUGCGCUAUAUGUCUGUUCAACCGUUAUUCUCCGCUGUCACAUGAAGUGCAAAAAACUUCACUUUUACUUAAAACAUCAUCGUUGUAAUACAAUUUACCAGUUUGAAACACUAAUGUUUGAGUUCAACGAAGUCUCCUGAGUAAAACAGUACCCCUUAUGUACAGGUUUUAUGGUGUCUUGGAGAGUUACAGGGUCAAAUAUAGUGCUUGCAAAUUAAAUUCUCUGCACUUUCUCCUUGUGUUGUCAGGCAUGUCAAUCAAAUUUUAAUUAAUCAAAUUACAUAAUUAUGCUAAAAGAUUACUUAAAUAUACAUGUAGAAUUUUAAUAUAUAUGCAUUUAUAGGUAUUUAAAUUCUACGUGUAUACUAAUGUAAUCUUUUAUGUAAUUAUAUGUAUUUAUCUAUAUAUAUAUAUAUUUGUGGUUAUUUGUAUUUUAUAUAUAGAUAGAUAUAUAUAGAAUGUCAUUCUAAGUGUAUUUUGUUACCGAUAUAUAUAUUAAUAACAAAAUACAGUUAGAAUGAAAUUACAUAUGAAUAUAUAAUUUAUAUAAAAUUUUGUUUCAAUAUUUUAUUUAUUUUAUUAUUUUAUUUUUUUAUUAUUGUAAUUAUACAUAUAUAUAUAAUAUAUGUGUAUAUAUCUAUUAUAUAUAUAUAUUAUAUAUAUGCAACGUCAUUCUAAGUGUAUUUUAAUACUAAUAUAUGUACUUAUAUUAGUAUUAAAAUACACUUUGUAUGACGUUACAUAUAUAUAAUAUGUAUGUAUAUUAUAUAUAUAUAUAUAUAUAUAUAUAAAUACAUUUAAUUUAUUUUAAAACAUGUUUAAUCAUUUUUUUUACACUUCCCACCAGCAGGGGGACUGUGACAUUUCAGACAGUCCCCCUGCUGGCAGAUCCACAGCCAGCUAUAGGGGGCCAUGUGGUCGCCUCAUUUGCCGGGGGAGGGCUGCCUGGGCUGUCAGGCAAUCCUCCCGAAGCGGAGCGCCGGUAAAGUGAGUAUACCGGGCGCUCCAGGGCCUUCAGCCAUUACGGCGUUCUAUGCUGCCGCAACGUCUUUAAAGCCCAUUUAAUGUGGGAUGGCAUAGAACACCGUAACGGUGUUAAAGGGUUAACCAACAUUCAAGUAGGGGAGCAUUUGGGAAAUAGAUAUCACAAUAUUGUAAAUUUUGAAGUAAACUCAAAAAAGCAAAAUCAAGUGGGGUAUACUAAAACAUAUAAUUUAAAAAAAGCCAAUUUCAAUAAGAUUAGGGCAGCUCUACAACAUAUCGACUGGCAUAAACUCCUUAGUGAUAAAAACACUGAGGAUAAAUGGAAAAUAUUCAAACAAAUAUUAGAAAGGUACAUUUCUCAGUAUGUACCAUUGGGUAAUAAAUAUAAAAGAAACAAAUUAAAACCAAUGUGGCUUGGUAGAGAAGUAAAACAAGAGAUUAAAAAUAAGAAAAGGGCAUUUAAAGCAUUUAAAUCAGGCAAAUCAGAGGCAUCCUAUUUAAGAUAUAAGGAAGCCAAUAACGCUUGCAAAAAGGCAAUUUAAGUGGCUAAACUAGAAAAUUAGAAAUUGAUAGCUAAAGAAUGCAAAACCAACCCCCAAAUUUUUUUCAAGUACAUCAAUUCUAAAAAAACAAAAAAUGAAUGUGUAGGUACACUGGAAACAGAGUUGGGUUUAUUAGCUAAUGAAGACCAGGAAAACGCUUACAUUUUAAAUAACUAUUUUCCUUCAGUAUAUAUUAAUUAGGAUUCUAUGGCAAGAGAUAUGCAAAUGAUUGCUGCAAAAAACUUGCAAAUAACUUGUGAUUGGAUAACUCGAGACAAGGUGCUACAGCUAUUAAAGAAAAUUAAUGUAAAUAAAGCUCCGGGACCUGAUGGUAUUCACCCACGAGUACUUAAGGAGCUAAGUGGGGAAAUAAGUGAACCUCUGUAUUUAAUUUUUCAAGAUUCUUUUGUUUCAGGUGUUGUACCGGAGGAUUGGAGGAAGGCAGAUGUUUUUCCUAUAUUUAAAAAGGGUUCAAAAUCCUUGCCUGGAAAUUAUAGACCUGUGAGCUUAACUUCUGUAACUGGGAAAAUAUUUGAAGGGCUAUUAAGGGAUAAUAUUCAGGAAUUCAUUGGGAAGAACUUUGUUAUUAGCAAAAUUCAGCAUGGUUUUAUAAACAUAGGUCAUGUCAAACUAACCUAAUUGCAUUCUACGAAGAAGUAAGUAGAAGUAUAGAUCACGGUGUUGCAGUGGAUGUGAUCUACUUGGAUUUUGACAAGGCAUUUGAUACGGUUCCUCACAAUAGGUUAGUCUUCAAACUAAAAGAAAUUGGUCUUGAUGAAUAUUCUUGUUCUUGGGUAGAACAUUGGCUUAAUGAUAGAGUACAACGAGUUGUAAUUAAUGGUAAAUUUUCAGGCUGGACUAGAGUGGUAAGUGGUGUCCCUCAGGGUUCUGUUUUGGGACCACUUCUAUUUAACAUAUUUAUAGAGGAUCUUGAAAUAGGCAUUGAAAGCCAUGUAUCAGUGUUUGCAGAUGACACAAAACUUUGUAAAGUAAUAAAAUGUGAGCAGGAUAUUGCUUUGCUGUAGAGGGAUUUUGGUUGAUUGGAGGACUGGGCACUAAAAUGGCAGAUGAAAUUUAACGCAGAGAAAUGCAAAGUUAUGCACUUCAGGGUUAAGAAUACACAAGCAACUUACACACUAAAUGGUAGUGAAUUAGGGUUAACCAUACACGAGAAGGAUUUGGGAAUUGUUAUAGACAACAAAUUAGGCAGCAAUAUGCAAUGUCAAUCUGCAGUUGCUAAGGCCAGUAAGGUUUUGUCAUGUAUAAAUAGGGGCAUAAAUUCUCGGGAUGAAAAUAUAAUUUUGCCUCUUUAUAAAUCGCUGGUAAGACCACACCUUGAAUAUGCUGUGCAAUUUUGAGUGCCUGUUCUAAAGAAAGAUAUCAUGGCACUAGAAAAAGUCCAGAGAUGAGCUACAAAAUUGAUAAAAGGAAUGGAGCAUUUUAGUUAUGAAGAAAGGCUAAAAAAUUUAAAUCUGUUUAGUUUGGAAAAACGGCGCCUGAGAGGGGAUAUGAUAACUUUAUACAAAUAUAUUCGGGGCCAGUACAAACCUUUAUCUGGAAAUCUAUUCAUAAACAGGGCUAUACAUAGGACACAAGGUCACCCAUUUAGGCUGGAAGAAAGGAGAUUUCAUCUAAGGCAAAGAAAAGGUUUUUUUACAGUACGAGCAAUAAGGAUAUGGAAUUCUCUGCCUGAAGAGGUGGUUUUGUCCAAGUCACUACAGAUGUUUAAACUGCAAUUGGAUAAAUACUUACAAAAACAUAACAUACAGGAAUAUAAUUUCUAAUUAGUGGGGUAAUAGCUGCUUGAUCCAAGGAGACAUCUGGCUGCUAUUUUGGGGUCAAGAAUGAAUUUUUUUCCUAGUUUGUGGCAAAAUUGGUAGUGCUUCAGACUAGGUUUUUUUGCCUUCUUUUGGAUCAACAGCAACAACAUAUGUGAGGAAGGCUGAACUUGAUGGACGCAAGUCUCUUUUCAGCUAUGUAACUAUGUAAGAUCAGGUACUGGCAGGGCGUACCUAGAGUAUUUGGCACCCGGGAAGGGUCCUAUUUUUGGCACCCCUCCCCCACACCUUUAGUGUAUUUAGCACUAAUCAGUGUUUGUGUGUUUACAUGUUAGCAUGUUUAUGUAUGGAGUAGGUGUGAGUGAAUGUAAGUGUGUGUUUGUAUGUAGUGUUGACGUUGAAAUGCAGGGGUGUAUUUGUGUGUAGGGUUGGCUAGAUUCUGAGCUGUAUGCACAUAUACACACUGACACACAUGCACAUGCUGGCAUCAGACAACAAAUUUGCAUAGAAUUCACAUUAGCCAUCCAGAUUUCUUGUUGUGGGCUGGCUGACACCUCUAAACAUCGAUAUUUGUUUUGAUGUAUAACUCCCCAAUUUGCUAUCCAUAUGCGGGAUUGCCAUAUUUAAGGUGCUAUCUGCUAAACAGCAAAACAGCACCCUAAUUUGGUAUCUUUAAAUAUAGAAAUCUUACAUAAGGGCACCAAUUUAGGGAAUUGUCUACUAAACAGCUAACAGAUCAGAUUUUAAAAAGCCCUUUUCUUAAUUUUAAUCUUUCAAUAGUUUAGUAUAUAACUCACUUAUUUGUUAUCGUUAUGUGAGAUUCCAAUAUUUAUUCACAUAGAUGUAUGUCUGUGUGUACAUCUGUGGUUGUGUAUGUAUGUUUUAUAUAUAUAUAUAUAUAUAUAUAUAUAUAUAUAUAUAUAUAUAUAUAUAUAUAUACACAUACAUACAUACAUACACACACACAUAUAUACAUAUAUAUACAUAUAUAUACAUAUAUAUAUACACAUAUACAUACAUAUACAUACAUAUACAUACAUAUAUAUAUAUAUAUAUAUAUAUAUAUACACACACACACAUACACAUACACCAACAUAACCACAGACACACACACACACACACACAAUUACAGACCCACACUACAAUCACUGACUUACACACACAGUCACAUACAUAAACACAGACAUACACAAACACAAUCACAGACCUACACACAUUCAAUCACAGACACACAAUCACAUACACAUAUUAUUAGAUGUACACACACAAUCAUCACAUACAUACACACAUUUAAUAAUUAAGAGGUCCGCCCAACCUUCCUACCUUGCUCUGGGAGGGUUGGAGUGGAUCCUCAGUCCCUGGUGGUCAGUGGUUGCUGCUGGGAUCUCUGUGCUCUUCCUGCACAGGUCCCUCGCACGCACUGUAAUGACACUGAUGCCGGGAUGACGUCAUAUCCCAGAUGCCGGCUCACUGCAGGGCGAAGACAGUCAGACACAGUCAGACGCACACAAUGAUACACAUAUACUGUCAAAUACAGCCACAGGCACAUAGUCACUAGCACACAGUCAAACACACCGUUACAGGCAGACAGUCUCACACAACUAUAGGCAGACAGUCACACACACACAGUUACAGGCAGUGACACAUACAACAGGCAGCAUCACACGGUCACAGGCAGACAGUCACACACACACACUCAGUGACAUGUAGACAGUCAAACACACAGUCACAGACAGACAUUCACACACACAGUUACAGGCAGACAGUCACACAUACAGUCACAGGUAGACAGUUACACACACGGUCAAAGGAAGUCACAAACAGUCACAGGCAGACAGUUGUGCACACAGUCACAGGCAGACAGUCAUGCACUCAGUCACAGGCAGACAGUCAUGCACUCAGUCACAGGCAGACAGUCACACACACAGUCACAGGCAGACAGUCGUACACAGAGUCACAGACAGACAGUCGCACAUACAGUCACACGCAGACAGUCACAGACAGAGUCACAGAUGUGGUCACAUGCAGACAGUCACACAUACAGUCACAGACAGACAGUUACGCAUACAGUCACAGGAAGACAGUCACACACACACACACACACACAGUCACAGGCAGACAGAUCCAAUCACAGUUGCACACACACAGCACACCCUCUCUCUCACUUACUGGAGGAGGAGUGGAGUCAAUGAAGUCCCUGGUCUGAAGUUGUUAGGGAAGCAGGGACUCCUUCCUACUUCCCCUCUGUGUGCAGCAGUAGCAGCUGCGGGAGGAGGCCGCCUUUAGCUCUGCCCCCGAUGUCGAUUUGACUCUGCCCCCAACUCUCCACAAAGUUCUCCUGCUCCCUGCCACUGCAUGUGAGCUGUGUCGGCUGCCCGGCGCCCCUACUGCCAUGGUGCCCUGUGCAGCAAAACAGCUUACACCCCCCCAAUGCCAGGCAUUGUGACCCCCCCCCUAACUUGUGGCACCAUCCCCCCCCUUAGUACGCCACUGGGUACUGGGAAUCCCCAUGUAUAUUCACCUGUGGGAAAAGCAGAGUAUUGAGGUCAGGGAUGUUGGAACCCCUGUCUUUGCUUAUAAAGAGAAUGCAAUAGCUGAGUGCAAUUCAGGACUAGAGGAUCUAAGGGCAGCCAGUGAUCCUUUUUUUUUUUAAUAUGCAAGGGAAUAUAAACAGGCUUAAAGUUCCACACCAGCAAAAGUAGGCAUGCAAAGAAACAUACCAGAUAUAUCAUGGACAUGACAGUUGCUGAAUCUGCACAAUUUUAAAAAUAAUAAUAAUGUACAUAAAGUAAACAGGUUUGUUCAACAUGUCCAGAGAGGUAUUGGAGGAUAGGCUUAUGAUUGAUAUCAUAACAAGUGUGAUACGCAUGACUAUAUAGAGUAGUAAAUGGACAUUAUUAUAGAGUACCCUCCAGAUAUUAAGCUUUGAUUCCACUGGAUUUUUAAAGUAACUGAGAGAAUCUGCAUUAAGAAUAAAAUGAUUACAUAAUAAGUAGUAAAGCAGUUGAGGGCUUUGCCAUGCUUAAGCAAUUAACCACUCCGGGAGGUAAGCCAACACCGCAGGCCGGCAAAAGCGAGAGGCAGUCCCCUUGCCAGGUACAUCAUGAUCUCUCUUCGUUCGUUCAAGGGGGGUUGAGCUGUGUGUUGGUAAAUAGGACAGAGUCUGCAGUUUCGCAGCCACUUUUCUUCCUGUUCCAGGGCUUUAUUGGGUUCCCCUGUGUUUCAGGGCCCCUCUGACUUCAGGAUAAUAGACCUUUAGAGACUUAUGAGUCCAGCAAUAGCUAGCCACAGGAUCAAGCCUCUGAGACCACCUCAGUGUACUUGGUAAGCCCAGCCAAGCGGGGACUCGCUGAACGUGUGGUUUGCGCUGGGGAAGUCAGCCCUUCACGGAGCUCCAAGUACGUUGGCGGUGUGUAGCGAUCGUUGUAUUGUAGCUUUGGAUCCGUAUCAGUCCUCGGCUGCGACGGUUGUGCAUAAGCUGUGGCAGUCUCCAGUGCCUUUUUCUCUGCUCUGGUGUGCGACGGCCACCAGGGUGAGCAUAUUCCGGGAACCCCUCUGUGCAGCUGGGUGGUUUGCUUGACAGGGCUUCAAAUGGACCUACUGCCUGGAUGUAGUCACCGCUGCUAUGUGGUUCUCCGGAGCUGCACAGAAGGCAGGGUAUCGGGGGGGGGGCUCGUUAAGUGGCUCCAGAACACUUGGCAAAUCUUGUCGAAUUUGGCUUCAAAGAUUUCUUGCCAUGUCUGGACUAUCAUGCUUGUUUGUGACUGUCAAGCUUCCACAAUGGCAGCCAUCUUAGGUGCCCUAUGCAGUCUCUGACUCAGUGGGGUUUGGGUCCAGCACUGCAUGGAUGUAGGUGUACCCAGUUGGGACCGGGAUAUCCCCCAAUGGUCCAAAGGGGGGGUAAUGGGUGGUAACAAGGCUGCUAGGACUCCGCUGUCAGGCUUGAGCCCAAAGUAGGGAGAUCGACCGUCUCUCUCCCAACUGCUGUCAGCCUCAGUAGGCCGCAAGGUGGAUCACAGUAGUCAGCUGCCGAGACACCCUGGAACAGGCUCAGUAUAUUGCAGUUUAUAUUAAAGAUGAUUCCCCGUUAGUGUAGUGCUAUUUUUAGCAAGCUCUAGUGGGUUAUUUUCCUGUUUUUUAGAUCAGGCUAAAGGAAUACAUGUCCGGCCAUCUUGGGUGUCAGGCCUCCCCUCUGAUCCUUUCUUAUGGAGAGAUUGCUGAGUGUUUCGGUCAGAGGGCUUGGAAAUCCUAUAGCUCAUUGAAAACUUCCACUUCACCAAGGAUCGGAAGGGAGGAGCAUGAGUAUUGACUACUCAAACACCUAAAUGGGAAUAGAGCAAGUAAUUGGGUAUUGUGUGGUCACCAUAGGGCCGUGGCACACACACGUACCUAUCACAUUACCUUUAAUUGUCCAGGCUAUAAAGAAGCCUGGGGAUGCCCAUAUGGUGGAGAGGGACACUUCCAAAAGUUGCUCUUCUCUCCUUAGUGGUUUAAACUCCGCCCCCUUUUACGACAUGGCAUGCAUGCGCCGACGUUUUGACGCUAAUGAUUUCAUGGCCCGCCAAAACAUUUGUAUUAGAAUGUUUUGGGAAUAUGACAAUGUAAUUAAAGCUACAAACUAUAAAAAAGGCUUCAAAGGGCAAGGGUCAUUGCUCUGUUGUGGUUCUAGUUGUGAUUCCUAAUAGUGCCUUUAAAUUCUGUGUAUUUCUGGUUUAUUGAUCUCGGCUAUUCUGAUUAGUCUCCUUUCUGUUAUCCUGUGACUCGGCUAAUGGUUCUUGCUUCCCUGAUUUUUGGUUUCCCUGACUCCGGUAGUGUACUUUUCCCUUAUGAUUUCUGGUUUCCCUGACUCAGCUUGUCCCUGGCCAUUCUCUAUCUUAUUAACGUAAGCCCAUCCACACAAAGGACCGGUAUACGUUAAUACAUCUAUUACCAUUUCCCCUCUGCAUGUUGGGUCACUAGAAUAUUGUGACAAUACCAUGUUUUAGUUGAAAGACACUUGCGGACCAGCUCAUAUAACUCAAUAGUUUUUCAAAGUUUUUUCCACCAAAACAUGUGUAUCUUGGUAAUACAUGAACUCCUCCAAAACCUUUCUUAUUUUCAUUUCUGUGGUUUAGUGUGUAGGGUUGGAUCUGCCCUUUCUACAUCUUUGAUGCAAGGAGUUAAAUAGUGAGCUAAGUGACAUUGAUAAAGUGAAUUCAUGCUAAGUGCUGAUUUAGGCUUCAGUAAAUGUAUCAUAAUAGGUUAUAUUGACGCUAGAAUAGUUUAGUAAGUACUUUGAUAAUUCUGAAAAUUUUCAGACUUUUACAAAUGUUUUUGUUAUAUUCUACACCAUAAGAGGUAAUGUUUAAUGACAAAACUACUCUUUAACUUAUCAUCAUUAUUAAAUAGGGCCUUGCCAUCUAUAGCAAUGUUGAAAUACUAUUUGUUGGUGUAAUUAUGAAGUAGGUAACAUUUUAGUCUAAAAUUAGUUUACAUUGUACAGUAUAAGGACGGCUUAUCAAUGUCAUAUUGGUAAUAGGAUAAAACAGUUGUCUGGAAUUACAUAGUUUAGCUACUGAAUCACACACUGAUUUUUUUUGCAUCAGUAAUCAGUUAGGCUCAUGGAAUAAGGGAGGAUUAACUAAGAUUUUUUUUUUACUGUUUGCAAAACAUACACCUAGGAAUAAAUGUAUAUAUUUGUGUAAAAUUUUUUUUUAACAGUCUUGUUAAAUCUUUUGUGAUCAAUGACCUUAAUCGGUUUAAAGUAAACCAAUUGCUAAGGUAUUGAAACUUUGUUAAUACUCUUAAUUAGCCUUAUUAUAGUGGUGUCUUCUUUUCUUUUUUGUUUAAACUAUUUCUAAUUUUACAUGAUUUGACAUUUGUUACAUCUUGUACUUUCUUUUCUUUGUCUUCUUCCCUUUGAACUAUGUUUCGCGCUAAUCAUUAUCAUCACAGAUACUAAUUCUUUAGGAUACCAUCUACCCAACUGAUACGUUGUUACAAGUUAAAGUCCCCUCCUAAAACAUUAAUUUUGUAGACAGUUUUUACUGAACCUUUUCCAUCUCUCUUCACUUUUAAUCUCUUAUAAUCAGUAAUGUCAAUCACUGUACUUUAAUCGUAAUUCAAAGGAACAUUUUCGUACAGGACAAAAAAAAGUUAUUUUAUGUUUAAUAUAGAUUCUUUUAUCUUUAAUAAAAGGUAUACUUUAUUUGGCAUCCUAAAAAUUGGCUGUCAAAAACACGUGCAAGGCACUACGAUUUGGCUGGAACAUUCCAAAUAUGUAAUACCUAUUUUCUAACUGGUGUUUGAAUUUGUAUUUAUUUAUUUUUUUCAACCUAAGGCUAGUGCACGUGUAUUUAUUUUUAAAUUAUUACAAAAACACAGUGCAGAUAUUUGAGGAAUGCAGCAGCAUGGCUUGUUGUGAUAUAACUGUAGUGUGGACUCUUAACAAUGAGACACAGGGUGUUGUGUUCAGCGAUUCUAGUUAUAAAUUAAGUUACAGUAAAUGAGUUUGGUCUGUGCUGUAAUCUCGAAUCUCUGGACAAAAUGUCUGAAAUACAAAAUUGAGGCCAAUCUACGAAUUGCUUGUUCAAUGUGCAAUAUUCUAGGCAUCUUUCAAGGUUAGAAAAUUGUUAUAUUCAACAGCAUAGUGGAACAUAACUUAUAUCUGUUUUAUUCCCAUUAGUUUUCAUUAUUUAUAGAAGUGUUUUUUAAUAUAUAUAAAUAACUUCACUUCUGCAUGAAACUUUGCUGCUAGAUUUGAAAAAAGGUUGUAGGUACAGUAGUAUCUAACCUAUUUAUUAUUUAUAUUUGUAGUAUAUUGAGAAUCUCAGAAAGGGGACUUUAUAGAGACAUGUUAAGGGUGGAGACUUAUCCCCAAAUCCUUUAGAAUUUUUAUAGGUUGCUGACAUAAAUCCCUGAACUUAAUAGCAUAAUAAAUUUCACAUCAGCUCAUAGCUCAUCAGAUUGAGGGUAAGACGGAACCUUGGCUCUCCGUUAUAUAUAUUAAACAGAUUUUGCGACUAGCGUGUAUAUCAGAAGCAGGAAUCCAAGAACGAUCAGCAGGCCCAUAACCCUUCCAAUCAACUAAGUACUGAAAAGAACCACAAGUAAAUCUGGAAUCAAUUAUGGAGGAGACUUCGUACUCCUCCCGUCCAGCAAUAACCAGAGGAGCAGGAGGGACAAAAGGGACAGUAUACCUAUUGCAGUUAAGAGGCUUAAGCAAAGAUACAUUAAAUGAAUUGGGUAUACACAAGGAGGCAGGAAGUGCAAGAAAAUAUGAAACAGGAUUGAUUUUCCAAACAAUACGAAAAGGACCAAUAAACCUGGUUGCAAACUUCAUACUAGGAAACUUGAGUCUGAUAUUUCGCGAGGAGAGCCAUACCUGAUCACCCACCCGGUAAACUGGGUUGGCACCACGCCGCUUAUCAGCAUGAAAUUUGAAACCAGCAGCAGCAGUUUCAAGAGCCGUGCGGUCCUUAGUCCAAGUCUCACGUAUGCAUGUGAGAUCCUCAUCCAGAGCAGGAAUAGCAGUGUUGGACAACACCGCAGGAAGAACAGUAGGAAGACGACCAUUGUUGACAAAAAAUGGACUAUGUCCACAUCAGUCAUGGGUAGCAUUAUUCCUGGAAAAUUGGUAAGUCAGGCCAGUUUUCCUGAGUGUCAUUAAUAAAACAUUGCAAAUAUAGUUCCAAAGAGUUGUUGGCCUUCUCAGCCGCACCAUUAGUUUGAGGAUGGUUCCUGUAAGUUUUCUUGUAAUUGUCCUAUUUAUUGUUACAUCCCCCCUCUCAAAAUAUUGUAAAGCGCUACGGAAUCUGUUGGCGCUAUAUAAAUGAUAAUAAUAAUAAUAAUAAUGAAGACGAAAAUGAUAAUUCAAUACCCAACUGUUUGUUAAAUGCUCUCCAAAAUCAUGACACAAAUUGGAAACCCCUGUCUGAUAAUUGUGUGGAAUACCAUGUAAUGUGACAAUUUCACGUAUAAAUAUAUGAACCAGCUCUUGGGAAGAAGGUAACUUUUUGAGCGGAACAAAGUGUGCCAUUUUAGAAAAGUGAUCAACCACCAUUAGGAUGGUGGUAUAGCCUUUAGAAAUUGGGAGUUCCACAAUGAAUUCCAUAGACAAAUGAGACCAUGGGUAUAGGAAGUUGUUGUAAUAACCCACAUGGUAUUUAAUGGGGAACCUUAGAUAAUGCAAAAACAGUAAAAGCCUCCACACACUCUCUGAUGUCUUUUCUAAGAGAAGGAUAUCAAAAUGAUCUGGAGACAGUGGAUACAGUUUUAUUAAUACCCGGAUGUCCAGCUGUCACAUUAUCGUGGAACACUCUUAGUACCUCCUUUCUUCAUAGCAAUGGAAUGAACAAUCUAUCGUGAGGUUUAUUACUAGGUGCCUGAGACUGAGCCGCCAUGAUAGCACAAAGAAGAGGAGAAGACAAGGAAAGGACAGUAGAGGCAAUGAUACUCUCAGGUGGAAUGAUAGGAGAGGUCGUCAGCCUUAACGUUCUUAGGACCUGGUCUGUACGUGGUGAUAAAGUUAAAGCGUGACAAGAACAAUGACCAUCUAGCUUGUCUAGAAGACAGCCUUUUAGCAUCUCCAAUAAAUGCCAAGUUUUUGUGAUCAGUUAUGAUCAGGAGAGGAUGCUUGCAACCUUCCAAAAGAUGUCGCCAUUCUUUCAGAGCUAGUAUAAUGUCCAACAAUUCUCUGUUACCAAUAUCAUUCUUGAGUAUUACCUUCAAAAUGCGGGGGUGGAGAUAACGUAAUAGUAGGUGCCCUAAAUAUGAUAGGUGUAGGUACAGUAGGUGGGGGUGUACCUGCCAAAGGGACCUCAGGCUGCAAAUGAGGCGUAUGCAUUAGUAGCGUAUUGAAAGCCUGGGCAAAUUGAUCCAUACGGUGAUCAUUCUCCUCUAUCUUUCUCUCACAAGUUACUAUGUGCUGACACAUAUCUGCAGGAUCCAUGGCCCUGUCGUAAUGUCAAAAUUAUAUUGAUCCAGCACGCAGAAUAGUAUCACAUCCUAGAACUAAGGGUAAUGCCUUACCUGGCCUUAGAAUGGCUGGACUUAACGUACCCGAGAAUAGUCAGAAAACUAGCCGAGGUCAGGAACACAGAAUGAUACACAGAGAUAAGGAAGAUCCAAGAGUCAAGGGUACCAGAAGUCAGGGAAGUUAAAAAUAAGCCAAAGUCAAAAUCCAGAAAAACACGAUCAGGAACACACUCUUGGAUAACCAUCUAGGGGAAACCACAGCAGGAACAAUAAAUUAAGGGAAUAUGAGAGUUUAAAUAACCCUUUUGCAGAUCCUAUUGGCCAUGCCUAGCCCUUGAACGUAUUUGCCUGCACAUUGACGUCAUCUUUACCGUGGAUGGAUGUAGGGCUAUAUAAUUGCGUGGGUCUGCAGCGGCCGGCGUACACCGACAUGCCGCAAAAGCCAGGCAUGAUAGCAGAAGACCGCCGAGCGGCACUCCCCUCUAUCUUUGGAAUGUAAUUAUCUUGGAGACGAAGAAUGCGUGACAGUAAGUCAGUGAUUGUGUCAGAAUGACAGUGUGAGAGUCAGUGAUUGUGUCAGAAUUACCGUGUGUGAGUCAGUGAUUGUGUCAGAAUGACAGUGUGAGAGUCAGUGAUUGUGUCAGAAUUACCGUGUGUGAGUCAGUGAUUGUGUCAGAAUGACAGUGUGUGGGUCAGUGAUGGUGUGAGUCAGUGAUUGUGUCAGAAUGACAGUGUGUGAGUCAGUGAUUGUUUCAGAAUGACAGUGUGAGAGUCAGUGAUUGUGUCAGAAUGACAGUGUGUGGGUCAGUGAUGGUGUGAGUCAGUGAUUAUUUCAGAAUGACAGUGUAUGUGUCAGUGAUUGUGAGAGUCGGUGAUUGUGUCAGAAUGACAGUGUGUACGUGUGUCAGUGAUUGUGAAAGUUAGUUAUUGUCUCAGAAGGACAGUGUGUGCGUGUGUCUGUGAUUGUGAGAGUCAGUGAUUGUGUCAGAAUGACAGUGUGUGGGUCAGUGAUUGUGUCAGAUUGACGGUGUGUGGGUCAGUGAUUGUGCCAGAUUGACGAUGUGUGGGUCAGUGGUUGUGUCAGAAUGACAGUGUGUGAGUUAGUAAUUGUGUCAGCAUAUCUCUAAAAAACACAUUAACACACUGACAUAUUUUUUAUUUCUGUCAUUUCUCAAUUGCUGUCUGCCUCCACUAUUUAUUUUGUGUUGUAUUCAGAGUCUGGUCACAAUUUGAAAGUACCUAUAAUACAACGACUCUCAUCAUUCUGUUGCCCUCUAACCAUAAACUGAUGCUUCCUUAAAAGCUCUGAUUAGAUCCCUGAUUGUCACUAGACACACAUUACUUACACCACAUGUAAAUGUACACAAAGACAUUGUGGUCGGUUAAUUUCGUAAUCGUGGAAUACCUUGUGAUAGGAAUUAAGUCGGCGUGGUGUGCCGGGACCAACGUAGGGGUAGGCCUGUAAAAGAGGGCCCCCCGAAUGGAUUGUAUAAGUGGGUGAGGUGGGUGGGGUGAAUAGCUUGCGUUAUGGCAAGGUAGGAAGGGGGGAGUAGCGUUUAUAUAGGAACGGUAACUCCUCUCACAAAUACAGGCCUUCGGCCUUAAACUUGUGGUCGGUUAAUAUCGUAAUCGUGGAAUACCUUGUUAUAGGAAUUAAGUCGGUGUGGUGUGCCGGGACAUACGUAGAGGUAGGCCUGUAAAAGAGGGCAAAAGAAAAUGCAAAAAACCCCACACUUAUUGCAAUAUAAUUAUCUCAUAAGAUUUGUUUGCCUCAUCUCUUAUCCGUUGUGGAAUGUUCCUGUAUGACGUAGCUGAUUCAAGUGAACCUAAUUUAUUAUGUGCUGGCGUACUGCAACUGGAUGUAGUACUUAUUGAAUAGAAGUCCUAAACAUGAGUCAGGGUCCCAAUCUAAUCUAAUGCAAGGGGAUUAUUUAGUAAAUUGAGUGUCUUGACUGUCUGGAUUGAAUGUUGGCGUGACAUGUGGUAGUGUCUGUAUCUUCAUAAUCUUCCUUGAGAAGACAUGAUUGUCAGUCUGAUUGGCAGUGAUCGUGAAGUUCUAGGGCUCCAUAGCCCUUGGAAAGUAUGAAGGCGAAGAGGUAUAAGACCGGGUUUGUGUGAAAGGAUGUUGUCUAGGGAGUUGGAUUCUGCCCUGAAUUCCCGUCUAUGGAUGUCUGUUAUUGAGGAGCGAUGAACCAAUUACUUAUACCUUAAUAUCCUUAUGUUUAAGAAGACUGGGUAUGGUUAAAAGCUUGACCUAAACAUGUUGUUGUAUCUCUGAUUGUUGUAGUGUAUUUGUGUUGAAUGAAAGUUGAAUGAAAGGUGGCAAAAGUGGUAUAAAAUACUACAGUUCGAACGUUAUGCUUGUGGAUGUCACGUUUCUGUUGCAUGUAUGCCUAGUGACAGCAAGUAACAUUAACGGUGAUAACUUGUUGUCGUCCCAAGCCGGGCAACCGGGUGUUGACAUUAAAUCGGGUGUUCAGAAAAAGGAUAGGGGGCACUCCCAAGACCUGCAUUUUGUAUGAAAGGUGCUGCCGCAGUGACCAAACUUCAUACAUAAAACAAUAAAUAGUUGCAGCGCACUCAGACUACAAAACAAUAUAUAAUACAAAGAAGGCUACUAAAAUGCCUAUCUGAGAAUAAAUAUGGGGAUUUAGUUCCACCAUAUGGCCAUAUGUUGUUAAGCCCACCACUACUUUCAAAGUACCCCAAUAUUGGUGGGUCCUACGCUAAAAAUGUGGGGGAACAAAUUAAAUAGUACUAGUGUUGAAAAUGACAAGUGUUAAAUUAAAUCCUGAUAAGAGCACAGUGAGUAUACAAAAAUGAGUGAUGAAAGCAAUUAAAAACAGUGUUAAAACUAAACAAAUAAUGUGUUAGUGCUAAAAGGAGUAUACUCACUAUAGCAGAUGAUAUCUGUGCUGACUAGAGAAAAUAAUAAAAGUGACUAGACUACUGAGAAACUCCUCCUAUUUAUACACACCUGUGGCCACCUCUAAAGGAGCCUCUGAAGUUGGGGGGCCUGGGCGGGGUGCUUAACCCCUAAGGAAUCUGGUCUGGAUUCCAAAUAUAAUGUAUACAGAAAAAGGAUAGGGGGCACUCCCAAGACCUGCAUUUUGUAUGAAAGGUGCUGCCGCAGUGACCAAACUUCAUACAUAAAACAAUAAAUAGUUGCAGCGCACUCAGACUACAAAACAAUAUAUAAUACAAAGAAGGCUACUAAAAUGCCUAUCUGAGAAUAAAUAUGGGGAUUUAGUUCCACCAUAUGGCCAUAUGUUGUUAAGCCCACCACUACUUUCAAAGUACCCCAAUAUUGGUGGGUCCUACGCUAAAAAUGUGGGGGAACAAAUUAAAUAGUACUAGUGUUGAAAAUUACAAGUGUUAAAUUAAAUCCUGAUAAGAGCAUAGUGAGUAUACAAAAAUGAGUGAUGAAAGCAUGACGAUAUCAUCUGCUAUAGUGAGUAUACUCUUUUUAGCACUAACACAUUAUUUGUUUAGUUUUAACACUGUUUUUAAUUGCUUUCAUCACUCAUUUUUGUAUACUCACUAUGCUCUUAUCAGGAUUUAAUUUAACACUUGUAAUUUUCCCUUUUAUUCCAGAAGUUUGGUCCUUAAGGGGUUAAAAAAGGAAAGGACAACCCUAAAAUAUAAGUGGCCUCUAAACAGUAUCAGAUUACGCUGAACAUGUAGAAAAACAACUCAGUUGGUUGUACUAGUAGAAGAUAGUAGGUAAUAUCUAUUUGUGAAUUCCGUCAUAUUGCAUAUAGAUUAUAACCAUAGGUCCUAAGUGUGCUGAAGAGACUAAAAAUAGUGACUCAAUUCCCCUGGAAGGUUAUCCUUGAAAAUAUUGUGCUAAAGUGUGGUAGGAUUUAAUGGAUGACAAUGGUGAAGGAAUGAAAAGAUUUAAGGGGGUCUAGGAUGUUUAUAACGAGAUAGUGAGAUGUUGGUACCGCAUGACGAGUGGUAGUGUGGAGCCGUGCCUGACGAGGUAAGGCGAGAAAUCAAGCCUCAUAUGUUAAUAACCCCUUAUAGUGAUGUGUGGCCUUACAGGCAGUAAAUAGAGAUGUGAAUUAGGAUAGAUUAGUACCUGAAAAGCACAGAACCUAUGGGAGCAAUGACCUGGUUGUAGUAAAUACCCUUGCGAAAUCUGUAAUUGAGGUAGCAUAAAAAAGGAGGAAAGAAACUUGUGUGAUGUUUAAUAUAGUAUAUGUUUAAGUCCCCACCUCCAAUUAGCAAACCAUUAACGAAACGAGAGAUCUGAUUGUGUAAUUACCAGCUAUUUAGCCAUGUAAUCAUUGUUACAACCAUAUUGACUCGGAACAUAAAGCCGGUAAAGGAAUAGUAAACCAAGUACACUUGCUCUGCUGGGCUGGCUGCUACGGCACCACAUAUACAUCCUAACAAUUGCCACAUGGGAAAGCUCUGAAGCCCAUAAUAACUCACCCCUCCCAGGAGUUGAGGGUAGUAUUGUUCCUUGCAAAAUAUCACUAAGAUGAUAUGAAGAAUAAUAUAUUAGAACAAUUAAUAUACAGUGCAAUGUCAGCCAUUGAAUAGUGUUACUGGGAUGCACCAAUUGUAGAUACACCUUUAACAAACCUGAAAUCAGGACUUGAUGGUACCCUCUUACACAAACAAACACACUGACUCAUUAAUGACAGCUUCCAGACGUGGUCCUUUUAAACUACUGCCACAGCUGGAACCUGUGUACUGAAAAGUGAUACCCCCUAAGAACAAGUCCGCAAAUAAUUACAUAGACAUACAGUAAUAGAAGUGAAUAAACAAUAUAACAGAUUCUGUCGAAAGGAACCUGCGACUACAGGUCUCAAGCGUUCGUAUGACAGCCACUGAGUGAGCAUGUAUAGAGAUGGCGCCCAUAGUUCCUUAUUUAGAAACCGUUAUUCACACACUUAUAUAAAACACCUGCCACAAAAUCACCAAUCCAGGAAAAAAAAAGAAAUAAUUGACAGUCAUGGACAGUAAAUGCAUGAAUGUACAGGAGAAUUGUAGAACGGAACCUGCUUGAGCAUAAUCGGAUACCCAUAAAAUGAAAAUGAAUUAAUACCAUGUAACAUAUAAUUUCUUGUGAUUGCUGCUUCGUAUGUUUGAACAUGAAUUGACUCAGAUAGAUAUACCGAGCAGAAUUUAUACGAAUUAAUAAGAGAACGGAUAAUCUGCCGAAUUAAACCUGUGAUUUUGGUCUCAUGUGUUCGUGUGUACAAUUAAGGAGAAAAAGUCGGACAGCGGGAAUAGCCCGAACGUGGCUAUUCUCGCCGAUUACCUGGUGAGUUUCGAGCGUCUGUGCGAACAAAGGCUGGCAGUGAGGCUGCGAGGAAUGACGGGACCGGAAGCGCGCUGUUGAGGACCCGGAAGUUUGAGAUGGAGGCGAGCAGGCCAGGUAAACAGCGGGCAUUACGGCAAGGUAGGAAGGGGGGAGUAGCGUUUAUAUAGGAACGCUAACUCCUCCCACAAAUACAGGCCUUCGGCCUUAAACUUGUCUAAAGAAUUGGUCCCCCUAUUGGCACCUUUGCAUUUUGAUGAAAUACUGUACUCUUUGUGGGAGAAUGCACUUUGGACAGACAAAACAAAAACAGAACUCGAUGUUUACCAAAGAAGAACACCACCCCUACUGUGGAACAUGGAUGAGGCUCUGUAAUGUUUUAGGUUUGCUUUGCUGCCUCUGGCUCCGAGUGCCUAGUAUCUGUGUAGGGUGAAUGAAAUCAAAACACUGUCCAGGCUUUCUAGAAUGAAGUCCCCAGUAUCAAAAAGCUCUGGCUCAGUCACAGGUCAUGGGUCUUCCAGCAGAAUAAUGACCUAAAACAGAACUCAAAAAGCACCCAAGAAUGAAAAUAUUUAACUGUUUAGAGUACAGAUUUGAGCAUUUGUGGAAAGAGAUGAAACUCGCAGUUGGUAAAAGGCUUCCAUCAAACCUAAGAGAACUGGAGCAGUUUGCUCAAGAACCGCGCACCAAAAUUCCAUUUGAAAAAUGUAGAAAUCUUAUUCAGAGCUAAAGUCAUGUUGUUACACUGGGUGUACCAAUCAUGUUGUUUCAAUAACAGCUAGUCCUUGAAAGUGCCCCAUGAAAUGUGAUUUCAUUUGGGAUUUUGAUGCAGACCAAAUGUAAACAUGAUCAAUUUUGCCAUUUAGUCGACUGAACAGAGGCUACCUGAUAAUAAUCAGUAGACCAAAUCCCUAUAUUUUAACAUCAGACAUUGUGACAGAUGCUGGUAGUCCUACUGGUAUAUAUACACCUGCUUCUGUGUCACAUUCAGUUUUAAUAUUGUCAUUGAAAUUGUAACUAACGGUACUUUAAAAACACUUCCUGUUGCCACAGUUUUUUUUUUCUUCAAAAUUGGCAUAUUGGUACAAGUUGUACUUUUUGUUCCCUUAUAGCUCUAAUUAGUGCCAAACAGAUUAUGUCAAGUCUCUAAGAAACUGUUUUGAGUUGAUAAUAAAAGGACAUACGUUAAAUGUUUUAAAAGAUGCUAUUCAACAGCAUUUAUUCUGACAACCAGUGUAAGCUGAGAGCCAGCUUUUCUCAGAAUAAAUAAUUGUGCACUAAUUUAGAAUAAGGUUCUAGGAAUUUGGCCAUUCGGUUUCCCAAAGCAACAAAUUAAACAGGAACAUAAUUCGAACAGCAAAUGCAGUUUAUCGCUGCAUAGAAAUUAACAUUUCAGAGUUGCCAUUGCAAAAGAAAUGUCAGGAUUUGACAACAAAUUGAUACACUUCAUGCAUUUGCCUUUUUCCAAUAAUUCAUUUAGUUUGGAGAAAAUCAUAUUUAAAUACCUAACAUGUGAAUAUUGAAUAUGUGUAUACCCAGACAUUUAUCACACACGGUUUGAUUUAUUAUCGUUGUCAGAAGAUAGACAAAGGACACAACAAUGGUUACAUUUAAAAAUAUAUAUCUUUCUUUUAACAAUGAAGUGAUAGUUUUCAAGCAGAUAUACCCCAAAGGGUGUCCUAGAACUCAGACUGGGAACAGAGACAAGCCAAGGUCAGGGAUUACAGAAGUUGGGUCAUGGACACACUACCUGCUUUUUCCAUGUUGCUCAUUGGAGUUAUUAAUUAAAUUAGAUCUAGUUGUAAAGGUUUAGAUGUAGUGACCCGUCUAUGGGCUAACAAUGUUAAGGCCACUAUGAUAAUGUGGAAAAAAAGGCGUCUUUCCAUUUUUGUGCAACGUUGUGGAAAAAUUAAUAAUAGGAAUCUUUCAAGGUUGUUAGGGACCUCUAUACCAAUACAAGAUCUAAUUAAAAAGUGUACUUGUGCUAAUACUGAGAAAGAUUUGGACACUGCCACCAUAUAUGUAGCAUAGUCCUCCGUCCUCUCCCGCAACGCCAACAUGCAUGAGGCCAAGAAGAGUAUACUUUAGACAACCUUACAGGGACCAUAUACCACCUGUAGAGGGUUUUCCUCAGAAGUUCCAUGUGUGCUACAUUCAGCGAGCUCCGAUUUCUCUUUCACAUUCCUAUUCAACUAAUGUGUGAUCUAGUUUUGUCUCCCAAGCUUUUAGACAAUGCAUAUUAGUUAGUAAAAAUAGUCUUUGGAGGGUUUUAUAUGUUAAAGGACCACUAUAGUGCCAGGAAAACAUACUCGUUUUCCUGGCACUAUAGUGCCCUGAGGGUGCCCCCACCCUCAGGGUCCCACUCCCGCCUGGCUCUGGAAAGGGGAAAGGGGUUAAAACUUACCUUUUCCAGCGCUGGGCGGGGAGCUCUCUGCCUCCUCUCCUCCUCCGUUCCUCCUCCUGGGCUGAAUGCGCACGCGCGGCAAGAGCUGCGCGCGCAUUCAGCCGGUCACAUAGGAAAGCAUUCAUAAUGUUUUCCUAUGGACGCUUGCGUGCUCUCACUGUGAAAAUCACAGUGAGAAGCACGCAAGCGCCUCUAGUGGCUGUCAAUGAGACAGCCACUAGAGGAUUAGGGGGAAGGCUUAACCCAUUCAUAAACAUAGCAGUUUCUCUGAAACUGCUAUGUUUAUGAAAAAAUGGGUUAACUCUAGCUGGACCUGGCACCCAGACCACUUCAUUAAGCUGACGUGGUCUGGGUGCCUAGAGUGGUCCUUUAAUUAAAUAGAUUUCUUGGGUGGAGUCGUUCCACUGCACAUUUUUUCGAAGUUGCUGGCUUACAAUAGUUUUUUUAGGUUAAGAUUCGAUAUCCAACUCUGCAGCUGAUCAUAAGAGAAACUAGCUAUUGGUGAAACAUUAUAUGCAUUGCUCAGUUUAUUAAAUAGUUUGAUAUCCCUACAAAAUUGGUGUAAGACAUAAAUACCUGUUCGUCUCCAUAUUCUGUAAUUGAAAUAUUUGAUGAAGAGUCUGAUGUAUGGACUGGAGAUUCUAGGGAGACUUGUUGGCACAGGAGAUGUCUGUAGUUAUCACACAUCUGGAUGGUGAUGGUUGUUGUGGGUAGGCUAGUUGAAAUAAAGGUUUUUUUGGAUUUAGUAAGUCAAAUCAUCUCAGCCAAUCUAGAACAGUCCAGUGUUCCUCAAUGUAGACCCAUUGUAGUUUCUCUAAACUAGAGUGAGCAGCUACUAUGUUACUCAGUGUCGCUGCUGUUGAAUGUUUGAGAGGCUCAUGCCCCCAUCUGCAUCGGCGUAUGUAAGACUGACAUGGUUACACUUGGGCAUCUCCCAUGCCAGACAAACCUGCUGAUCUUUCUAAGUAGGAGAGGGCGUAAAAGGUUUUGCAGUUUAGGGAGAAUGGUCAACUUGAUCAAAAUAAUUCCCCUUUCAUCUUGAUAGCAGUGAUAUUACUUAUUUACUUGUUUUGAAUUAAUUCAAUUGUUACAAUUUGGUGCAAAAGUGAGGUGUCUAAAAAUGUUAAGAAAUCAGUUUUCCAGUCCAAGGAAUAAUUAGCUUUUAAAAGUAACAAAUGAUGUACCUCUAGGUGUACGCCCAUCACUUGGGAUUUGGUGACAUUUGUAAGUGUAAAUAAAUAAAUUGAGUUUGUACUGUUUUAUACCAAAUUAGAUGCCAUGUAUAUCCGCGUUCCUGGGGAUCAUAACAAGCAAAUACAAUUAGCCAGUUCUCCCUUCCCCAUCACGAAUGGGACCAGGCAUUGGUGCCCUCCUGUCACCACUAACGCUAAAAUGUAAAGGAGUGGUGACAGGGGGGCCCCGAUGCCUGGUCCCAUUCGUGAUUGGGAAGGGAGAACUGGCUAAUUGUAUUUGCUCAAUAUGAGGGUAGUUUCCCUUAUAUUUCAGAACAAAGGUGUUGUUAGAAAGGAGCAGGAACAUUAAGUGAGAUUCACACUGUUAUUAAUGCCUCAAUGCCCACAUAUGAACUGAGGGAAUUUAAAUCCAGAUUUCCACAGAAAGCUAGGAGACCUUAUACAAUUGUUCAUGAGAAGCACCACUUCAUUGAACCCCAUCCUCCUCUGAUCCCCCCAUUACUAGGGUUUACAGGGAAAUCGUGUUUGUUUAAUUUUUACAUAAUAAUCCCCAUUCAUAUUCUUAUUUAUUGUGUUUAUGGUAGUGCUGCAGACGAGAGAUGUAUUUUAGAUGUACACUGUAUUUAGUGAUACAAACUUACAAAACUACUACUGCAGGCUUACUACACUCUUCAUACAUCUGUGCAUAAGCAGGAAUGUCUCAAAAUGUUGGCUUGCUUGACUACAUGUCCCCGGGUUGUCCUAGGCUAUUCACAAUAAAAGUUAUUUUAACUAUCCUGGAGAAAUUUGUUUUUGUAACACAGUUUGUUUAUUUUUCAGGUUACAUUGGAGAUGACUAAGCAACAAUUAACGGAUGUUAUGAAGAGACUGUCUCUAAAUGCUCAGUUUGAGUCACAAUUUGAUUCUGCAGAGGUAGGAAAAUUCACUGAAAUGCAAUAAUACAGACAUAGUUUUAUUGUAUUCUAAUACAGGUGCAAAUAAAACUCUAAACAAACUACCACCUUCAGAUCAUGAAUUAGUGCGAAGGGACUAACUAUUCCCUUUUGUAGUUGUCUUUACUUACUUAUAUUUUAUAUAUGAUAUAUGUGAGAGUGAGCAGGGCUUGGCCACCUUAAAGGACCACUAUAGUGCCAGGAAAACAUACUCGUUUUCCUGGCACUAUAGUGCCCUGAGGGUGCUCCCACCCUCAGGGUCCCCCUCCCGCCGGGCUCUGGGGAGAGGAAAGGGGUUAAAAUGUACCUUUCUCCAGCACCGGGCGGGGAGCUCUCCGCCUCCGAUCCUCCUCCUCUCCUCCCUUUCGGCUGAAUGCGCACGCGUGGCAAGAGCUGCGCGCGCAUUCAGCCGGUCUCAUAGGAAAGCAUUUACAAUGCUUUCCUAUGGACGCUUGCGUGUUCUCACUGUGAUUUUCACAGUGAGAAACACGCAAGCGCCUCUAGCGGCUGUCAAUGAGGCAGCCACUAGAGGAGUUGAGGGCUGGAUUAACCCAUUUAUAAACAUAGCCGUUUCUCUGAAACUGCUAUGUUUAUAAAAAAAUGGGUUAACCCUAGCUGGACCUGGCAUCCAGACCACUUCAUUAAGCUGAAGUGGUCUGAGUUCCUAGAGUGGUCCUUUAAUACAUAUUGUUGUUGGUCACUAGUUAUUUAAUUUUUUAGUUUACUGUACCACUCAUUAGUUCUGUACAGAUCCAUCAGAAUAAAUAAUAUUUUUUCAAGUGUAAUUGUCCAGGAGACAUUAGGUAAAUUGGUGCUAACGAAUACAGCAACUUUGGAGGUUAUCAACUUGCAAUAGUAAAAAAAACGUCAUUAAAGAUAUUAAAAAAAGCCCAUAAACUUACAGUGUUAGUGCAACACAAGCACCAUGGUAAAUUCCAUUCACAUCUCACAUACGUUUUAUAAGUUAGGUGGUAGCACUGCAGAUGAUGGAAUUACUCAGGCAGAUAGAUUGGAGGUGGAAUAUUUAAGAUAUAGUUACUAGCAGUGAGAAAAAUGACAAAUUAAUCAUUUGUUACAUGUGAGUUUACAUAGGAAGAGGUUCUAUUUCAACUGUCAAAAAAAAAAAGACAAAUAAGUCAAUGGGAUCUGAUGGAAUACACCCAAAUUUAUUAAAAUAGCUUAAUGGUGUACUAGCAAAACCAUUAACAGAUUUAUUGAACCAAUCAUUGUUAACAGGAGUAGUCCCAGAAGAUUGGAAGUUAGCGAAUGUUGUGCCCAUUCACAAGAAAGGCAGUAGGGAGGAGUCGGCAGCUAUAGGCCAGUAAGCCUUACUUCAGUAGUGGGGAAAGUAAUAGAAACCAUGUUAAAGGAUAGGAUUGUUGAACAUCUAAAAACACAUGGAUUUCAAGAUCAACAUUGAUCUUACUUCAGGGAGAUCAUGCCAAACUAAUCUUAUUGAUUUUGUUUGAUUUGGUAACUAAAAUAAUAGAUCAGGGUGGUGCAGCAGACAUUGCUUACCUAGAUUUCAGUAAGGCUUUUGACACUGUUGCACAUAGAAAGCUUAUCAAUAAACUGCCAGCUUUAAGUUUGCAUUCCCAUAUUGUUGAAUGGGUAAGGCAGUGGCUGAGUGACAGGCAACAGAGGGUUGUAGUCAAUGGAGUAUAUUCGAAGCUUGGACUUGUCACCAGUGGGGUACCUUAGGGAUACUUGGACCCAUUCUCUUUAAUAUUUUUAUUAGUGAUAUUGCAGAAGGCCUUGAUGGUAAGGUAUAUCUUUUUGCUGAUGAUACUAAGAUAUGUAACAGGGUUGAUGUUCCAGGAGGGAUAAGCCAAAUGGCAAAUAAUUUAGGUAAACUAGAAAAAUGGUCAGAGGUGUGGCAACUGACAUUUAAUGUGAAUAAGUGCAAGAUAAUGCAUCUUGGAUGUAAAAACCCAAGGGCAGAGUACAGAAUAUUUGAUUGCGUCCUAACAUAAGCAUAAGGCUAUCCUAACUAUAAGAUAAGGCCAGGGACUAAUGAAAGUAUUUAGAAAAUUGGGCAGACUAGAUGGGCCGAAUGGUUCCUAAAAAUAUAUAAUUGACAGUGGAAAAAGAUGAUUGAGGGCUAGGGAACAGACACUAAAUGCGAAUUUUAGUCCUUGCAAAAAUCCACACACACUUAAUGGCUUAAAUGUGAGUAAUUGUACAGGUAAAAGUCCAGGGUUGAUAAAUAGCAACUAUAGAAAAGUGGUUGCCCUCAAAGUCUUCCAAGUAAAAAAAUCAUUAUUUUAUAUGAAGAGGAGGAUCAACGCUUUAGUCCGCAUUCAGGACUUUUGGGCUAUUCUGAUGAAAGUAUUUAAUUGAAUGUGGAUUGAGACAUUGAUCCUACUCUGCAUAUAAAAUGUAGAUCUACUUUACUUGGAAGACUGUGAGUGCAGCCACAUUUCUAUGCUUGAUAUAUAUAUAUAUACUUGAUAUGUGAACCAAAUGGUGGGGAAAUACAAAAUAUAUUUAUAAAAUGUUUAUAUUUUGAAGGACAAUGAUUAGCCUAUUUUCUCUCUCUUUUUCAUUUGUCUGGACGAUAUUUGGACAAGUCGAACCAUUAACUAAGUGUUAGAUGGUUAGAGUAAGCGUGUUAGAGGUCUUGUUGGCUUAGCCCAAUUUUCUCACGAUGCACAAUUCUAAGAAAGCACAAAAACUGUUAAACAAUUAACGAAACUGUAGGCAUAAAAAGUCUCUCCACCUUCCAUACCACUGUCAAUUUAAAAGCUGAAAGAAGAAACAAUAUUAAGGGAGGGUAUCUGAUGCUGCCAUAAAUAAUAGCCAGGAAAAGAAAAUUACAGUAAGUAUGAUAACAAUGGCAGCAUCAGACUAAGGCAGAGCUACCCAUAAGUGAUGCUGCCAUGAUUAGCAAAGAAACUGCUUAAUUUACAGAAUUCAUAUACUAAACAUUGAUUUAUGCUGAAAUUACAAAUACAUUGCUAAAUUUAGCAAAGAACAGAGCGUUGGGAAAAUUAGCACAUUUUGCUAUUUUUUCAACAGGUGCUUUUGCUGAUAUUUUGAAAUGCCUGCGGUCAUAAUAUCUCACUUAGCUUCUAAGUAAACACACAAAAAAACAAAAGCAAAAAAAAAUAACAGACAAAAGAAAUAUCACUACAGCAGAUUUUAAACAUAUCAAGAUCUUUUAAAAGAAACACAUUUCUUAUGUUUCGCUUGCAUUUCUGUAAAGUCGAGUCCAAGUUGAGAAAUAGGAACACAUACAAAACCAGAGCAUUAAAAACACAAUAAAUUAGGAACAAAGAGAAACAGACCCUGCGAUACAAACAAAUGGCCCAGUGUUCAGGGACAGCUGGAUUAAUAUCAUAUAAACUUCAAUUAAAUUUCUAAAACAAUGCUCAAAUGAGCCCUCAGGAGAGAUGGCAAGUUUCACCCAAUUAAUUGAUUGUCCUGUGGUUCAUGCUCUCCUCAAAUGUUUAAAACACUUUUUUUUAUGUUUGCUGGGAACAAACUGUCUCCAAAUAAAAUCCACAACACUGGUUCAUAAAAGAAGGUAUCAUUUGAUGUGCCAGUAUGUGUUGUGCUUAUGCAAAUGUAUUUGAAGGCAUUAAUUAAAUUGUACAAGCACGCAGACUUUCUGUGCCUUAGGUACUCUGUGAUACUAACCAUGAGCAAAAUAGAUAAUAUAGCUGUACUUAAUAAAGACAAGUUAGUAACAUAUAAAAGCAAGCAUAAACAUUCAGUAGUGUAUAUGAAAUGUUUCAAUAAAUUGCUCAUAUUACUAAAUUGUGGACUAAUGCCCCCAAAAUGUACUUUGUAAAUAACAUGAAAAAUAAAAGCCAUAUGCAAGAGGAAUUUUAGGUGACUUAUUAAUAACACGUUUUGCAACUAGAAUGUAAUUUAGAACAAGAACAGUUUUAUUGAAGUUUAACCCCUUAAGGAUCAAUGCUCUUGUGAGAUGCAAUGCAUUUUUGUCAUGUUUGCCAUACAUUAAUUCUACCAUAAUUUCACCAUUUCCAUACAUAUUAUAUACAAUUUUUAAAGAAAUAGGGCUUUUUUUAAUAAUACCUUUUCUUUUAAUAUACUAUAUGUAAAAAGAUUAUUUUUUUUCUCAGUUUUGCAUUUAAUAAUGUCAACAAGUGCAACUAAGGAAAACUAACGCAAAAGAGAUUCACUAAUUAGUCCAGGUUUUUAAAAUGUAGCAAAAAGAAACAGAGCAGAAAUAAGAUGAGAUGUUGGGGCGCCAAUACUGAGAGAACCUCCUAAAUGGGGGAUAACCCUUGUAGAAUAAAUAGCACAAAAAGAAAAGAAUAGGAGGGUUACUGAGUAUCAAUAAAUACAUAAUAAUGAAAAAGAUAUAUAAAUAGUGAUAUAGGUGUAAGUGGAAAGAUACCUAAUUCAGUCAAUAUAUGACUGAACAAAAAAUGCAAAUAAAGAAAUUAAAGAAAACCUUUAAUAAAUACUAAUAUAAAAGGUGGAAAAUGCCAAAAGUGAAUAGGCACCCACUGACAAACAGACACACACAUACAUAAAUGAUAAACCACAAGGGGAGGAUCUACUAAAUGUAGAAAACUAACCUACCUAUACUUAUAAUAUACCUCACCACUUUACCUUAUUUAGUAGUCCUACCCUUCCUACGCUUUAUUUCCUUUAUCUAUUAUUAUUAUUAUUAUUAUUAUUUUAUUAUUUAUAUAGCGCCAACAAAUUCCGUAGCGCUGUACAAUGGGUAUAUUAUAAACAUAGGUAGGUUAGUUUUUUUACAUUUAGUAGAUCCUCCCCUUGUGGUUUAUCAUUUAUGUAUGUGUGUGUCUGUUUGUCGGUAUUUAUGAAAGGUUUUAUUUAAUUUUUUUUAUUUGCAUUUUUGUUCAGUCAUAUAUUGACUGAAUUAGGUAUCUUUCCACUUACACCUAUAUCACUAUUUAUAUAUCUUUUUAAUUAUUAUAUAUUUUAUUGAUACUCAGUAACCCUCCUAUUCUUUUCUUUUUGUGCUACAGAUUUUAAAAUGCCCAAAUUGUCCAGGAUUUCAAUUAUUUUUCAGAAGUUAUAAAACAAAUAGUGCAUGUCCCGAAUUAUGGUUUUAAAGCUAAAACUCUGCAAAAUUUGGUAUUCUGAGUUUACACAUUUUGUAGUAGUCACUGAAUGCGAAACCACUACACAAAAGUGUAUAUCUGUAGAAAAAAAAUAAUUAUUAUAAUGUCCCAGGCCUCUGACGAAGGUGCAUAUAUACUGCACCGAAACACGCGUCAGGUUCUUUCCUAUGGGGCAAUUUUAACUUGCACACACAUGGGCACUUCACUGAACUGUGUGAUACACGUUUUUUUUAUGAUUUAAGUUUUUUCUUUCAAUUUUUUUCUUCUAUGCCUAUUUAGUAAGUUUAACAGGGAGACAGGCUUUCUCUACUCUACUUUACUUUAUCUGUCCUCCUUUUGAUUAUUAGCGCUGCUGAUCCUCUAGACCAGGGGUUCCCGACCCAGUCCUCAAGUACCCCCUACCAGUCCUGGAUUUAGGGAUUACCAUGUUGCUCUAGACAGUAACCUUUCUCCCUUUUAGCAUUUUUACCAGUGCUCAGGAAUUAAGGGUAGACGUUAAAGGGCCAGGACUAAUUAAAGGGCCAGGACUAAUUAAGCCUAUAUGUAUAGUGCAGAUUUAGGUGUUUAGCACUUCAUCUCCUCACUUACUUACGCGUGGGAGUUUGUUAUGAUUUAUGAUUUACAUUGUUUCUCCUAUGCCUAUCUAGUAAGUCUCACAAGGAGAGAGUCUUUCUUUCUUUCACUUUACUUUAUCUGUCUGUCUACUUUUGAUUAUUAGGGCUGCCAAUCUUUUAGACAGUGACAUUUCUCCCUUUGGCAAUUUUUCUGGUGCUUAGGUACUAAGUGGAGAUUUACUAACAUCUUAUGCAUUAAAGGGCCAGGACUAAUAAAGCCUAUAUGAAUAUUGCAGAAUUAGGUGUUUAGUAACUAUAUCUCCUCACUUACUUAGGCAUAAGAGUAGCCUUAUAAUGCUAGUUCGGUAUUUAUUAUUAUUUUGAUUCAGUUUAUUUUUGUGUUGAUGCUUUCUGUUACUUCAGAUAUUUAGUGGUCUCCCUCUGGUUACAUUGUUCCAUACCACUGGAUGCUUUGGUGUCUACGUCUUUAUCUCCAGUCAGCAUUAUAUUCAGUUUGUGAAUUUUUGCUUCUUUGUUUCUGCUGCAAGUAUCUAGGGUUAAGCCCUUGGGCAUUGCUGAAGUGCCGUCCUGAUGCAUGGGAUCAGUGUGGAGGUCGUGUUUAUUCCCCUUUACACCCAUUUUCACACGGAUCCCAUUUCUUUCUAUCUUUUCCCAGGUUAUUUAACAUUUUGACACUUUUUAAACCAGUUUAUCAUGAACCUGCACAUUUUAGAGUGGCCUUUUAUUGUGGCCAGCCUAAGGCACACCUGUGCAAUAAUCAUGCUCUCUAAUCAGCAUCUUGAUUUGCCACACCUGUGAGGUAGAUGGAUUAUCUCAUCAAAGGAGAAGUGCUCACUAACACAGAUUUAGACAGAUUAGUGAACAAUAUUUGAGAGGAAUAGGCCUUUUGUGUACAUAGAAAAAGCUGUUUGAGUUCAGCUCAUGAAAAAUGGGGCAAAUACAAAAGUGUUGUAUUUUUCAAUUUUGUUCAGUAUAUAUUUGCAACACCCUACACUCUUCUUUAGUGCUUAAACAAAUAUAAAAUCUCCAAAAUAAAAUAAAUGUCAUCAUGGGUAGAAUAUCCAGAAAACAAAAAAAAAAUUCUAUGAGUCUGUGAUAUGUAAUUGACCCUGGCUUUUUUUUCCUUUAAAAUCUGAUUACAUAUUGAAUGAUCAAAAGCUUUCUCAAACACCAAGCAAUGUAUGGAGGAUGGGUGCCCUGUAGUCAUCAUUUUUGGUUUCUCAGCUAUGAAACCCAGGUCUAUUCUUGGUCGCUUUGAAAAUUUGGCAAUACAGGAGACAUGGGUUGGAAUCUAUUCUUACACGUGUUGGCGUUGGCUCACUAUUAAUCAAAACUGAGUGAAAUCAGAGUGUGUUCAAAGCUGAUGUGCAGACAGGAGGAAAAAUGGAUUAGAAUGGAAUGAUCUGAUAUGAAACAUAUUGGAAUAAUGCUGGUUCAUACUAAUUCUUUUACCUAAAAGGGCACUUUAUGCUGGAAAUAACCCAUUUAAUGAAGUUUGACAAAGACAUAUUUAGUGUCAAAAUGUUGGAGGAAUCUUUGUGAGUGCUGUAUACCAUUACCUUAUGUAACCUAGCAUUGCUCAUAAUGUGCCUGGAUUACUCAUUUACUUCUCUCUGCAGACAGUGGGGAAGAAUAUGACAGACUAACAGACAGAAAGCAACACCAACAGAAAAGGGGGUAUAUCUGCUACAGAUCUAAAACUAGCUAUACCACAAAAAGUCCUGAAUCCCACUAAGAAGUGUAGAGUUUUCACAACAGCCUAAUACAUCUAGCACACCAAGUCCCACAACGAAGGAAGAAGCCAAAUGUUGCUAAAACUGUCUCACUAUAAAAUAUUUGCAGCAAAGUUGUAGCUCUCAAUAUUUGAGACACAGCACAAUCAUUAAAGCGCCACAACCUAUGUCAACUUUGUAAUUGAAUAUACUCACAUCUUUCCAGUGUCGUGCACCCCUGGAGCAUUGAGUCACUGGCCCUCUGUGUUGAUUAUUACGUGAUUGCAAGAGUCAACACAAAAAACACAAAAACAAUACUUGACACAUUGGCCAAUUUUAUGAUUACUAUGUGAAUAUAUUUUGAAGGCUCAAUAAGAUGUCUUUGCAAGUGCUUUGGCAUUUACCUGCCACAUGAGAUUAGCUCCACUGAGCUAAACAAACCAGGAACUUAGAAAACCAGCUAUCUGCUGGUGUAACCAGAUUAGUUUAUAAAAGUGUCAACUUAUAUUGAAACCUGCACCUUUUUGAAAUUGAAAAUAGGAAGCAGUCUUCACUUAUAAAGCUUUUCAGCAGUCUAAAGUGCUUUCGGGGUCCGGGGUGUCCCUGUAAUGCUGUAAUGCACAAAUGUGAGCACUUAAACAAACAGAGUUAAAUUAUAGUGGAAUGAGCAAAAAUGUCAGAUAACCUUGUUCACUAAUAUACAGCAUCUUUAAAAAACCAUUGGUCCUUAAGAGGCUCAAAUUGACUUCAACGACCAAUCGUUUUUAACUGAACCCAGUUCAUGAUAGCCUUCCAUACCUACAUAGAUUCCAUCAACUGCACAUGGAUUUUGGAGGGAAAAGGAUAAUACGAUUCUAUACUAAUAAAGCUUGUGGUGAAAUCUCUACAGUAAGGGUGCAUAGAAAAUCCCGACUUACCUAUCAUACCCAUAUACAAUGCUUGCAUAUUUAUUUUAUGUAAUAAAAUAUUGCUGCUUGUUUAAAUUAAAAUCUUUUCUUUUUUUCUCAGGUUCAAGAUUAUUUGAAAAAAUCCAACCCAUUACAUUUUUAGGAAUCUUGAAGAUCAC